UCAGCAGCACGCGUCCUUGGCAGAGAGCGAGAGAGCGAGAGAGAGAGAGAGAGAGAGAGAGAGAGAGAGAGAGAGAGAGAGAGAGAGGUGGGGGCAACCGUCUCCCGGUUUUUAUUGCACGCGGAGCCGCGAGGAGCUCCUGAUGACAGACAGACAGCAGAUCUGCCGCCUCACCGCCUGCGACACCUGAACGAGAACCACCAAAAAAACAACAAGAGGGAGAGGCAGACUAAGAGAAGAGAGGGAGAAAAUCUGAAGCUGUCCCUGAACAUAAGAAAAAGGAGACAAGGAGGAAAGCGGACGAAGAGAAGCCGGCUGACCGGGACACGGAGCCCUUCCUUGGGGGUGAAAUCACCGCCACGACCGCCUCAUCAUCAUCACAGCACAGCUCGGGGAUGACAAAGGUGGGUGACGGUGUGCUCCCAUUGUGUUGUUUCAGCAUCCCUGCUCUCCAUGGCGCCUUUAAUCCUCUUGUUAGAGUGAACGGAGUGGGUUUUUGGAAGAUAACGGGGUCGCGAUAUGGAGACUGAAUGAGCCGCGCCGUUUUAAGCGAGAAAUGACGGAUUUAUCCCAAGUGAGGGACACUUUGUCUUGUGGAAAAUGCACCUUCACAGCAGGCAUGUGUGUAAAUGCGCCGCGGAGUGAUUUCAUCCAGGGCGACCCCAAAAAACCCAAUCUAAUCUGGCCCACAUUUGGAGGGUGUGAGACCUUUUCAUGAGGGGCUUUGUUGUUGUUUAUGUCCCGUGACAAGCCUCGUAUGUGUGUGUGUGUGUGUGUGCGAGGGGCAAGAGAGAGGGGGGUGUUGAUCCUCUCCUUGAGGCUCGUGAGGAUGAUUGAUUUCUCCCGUUCAGCCCAGAUUAUGAGCGCGCGAACACCUAUGCCACACCGGCAAAUUAAUUAGACUGCACGAGAUUAUCCUCGCGAGAUUAUCAGACAGGACCCCCUCAGGAGAUGGGUGGAAAGGUGGUGGUGGGGGGUGGGUGACAAUUAAUGACAAACUAUUUAUAACUGGAGUUAGGCUUGAUUGCUUUUAGGAGUAACCCCAAUUGUUGCUCGACUGGUCAAUAUUUUCCACGACGCAGGUUUGAUUCCUCUCCAUUAGCUGAUUGAGUUUGUUAGAUCGCGUUUCGUGUUGCAGAAUCAAUUAAGUUUUAUGUCAAUAUAUGAUACAGGUUUAGUAUUGAAGCAGAUUAAUCCAUAAGCGUUAAAGUAAAUGAUGAGGAGCUUUGAGAUUUAAUGACAGCUGACAGAUCAGGUGUUGGAAUUAGUCACUGAUGAGACAGAUUCAAGACAAAAUCAGGUCUGAUAACGUCAGAAUAAACUAUGAGUUUAUCUGAAUGCAGUCGGUAAAGAAACACUUACAAUUUAUGGCUAGAAAAUCCAAUUUUUUUGGAGCUGAAAUGUUGAUUUCACUUACGACAAAAAUCCCCAAAAAUCAAAAUAUCCUUAAAAUUUAACAAAUAUAUUUAUUCAUCUUGUUUGAUACAUUAGAUGUAUUUGAAAACUGAUAAACCACAAGAGGACAUUUUUAUCAUUUAUUGGACUGUAUUCAAAUUUUUUUUUAGUAAUUUGUUGAUUGUAUGGAUUUGAUAGAAGUGUCAUAAAUGUAUGUUUCAUAUAUGAUACAAAAGGCAAUACAGGGUUAAAAAUCCUGGCAGGAAAAAGGGGGAAAAAACCCUCUAAUGUCCUUUUUUUUUCCGCACAGUAGAAGGCAAAAAAUUGAAGUACUGAUUCAAAAUCAAUCAUCUGUUCACAAAAUAUUACAAAAUUGGCAGGUUGAGACAAUAAAAAAGAUUUGAAAUUUGGGAAUUCACUUUUAAUUUCUGAAUGUAGUCUCUGUUUAUUUUGUAAAAUCCUCGAAGGCAGUAAAAGAGUGAGGGAAAACCAUAAAAGCAACUGAAGAAAAGAAGAUAGAGGUGCAAAAGAUAUCAAAAAUGUACAAAGUUAUGUAUGAAAAAUAUGAAAAAAGUUGGAUAUAUGGUUACCUUAAACACCUACUUUACUUAACAAAAUAAAAAAAUUAACAGUUGGCCUCUUAGAGUUGAAAAGUCACUUUUUAUGCUUGUAUGUUGACAUUUUGCAGGUAAUAACAUUGAGUCUAAAAUCCUGAAAGGCAUUAAAAAGGGGGAAAAACCCACAGAGUCUUCAUUUUCUUACGGAUAGAAUCAUAAAAGAUGCCGAAAGUGACUCAUGUGUUGAGUCAUUUUAAGAAAUAUGUGGGAAAGUUUGCCCGAGGUUUGAAUCAUUUAUGAUGGGAAAAUGGAAACUGAAACCAACAGAGGAGUCGUCGUCUUUUCAGGAAAAAUGGGAACUGAAACUAAGAUGAAAACAUGACGCACACGUCAGGUUUCUCUAGGUAGAAAAGGUGACAACGGUUGCAUGGUUGGGCCUCUGAAUUUUGGGGAAUUUUCUCCCAUCUUCUCUCAAGAGUUGCAGCGUCUGAGGGUUUGUCACCCUUUCAGGCAGUAAAAAGGGUGAAAAAAACCCUCAAGAGCAGCAAGAAUUUGCCUUUUUUCACCAAUUAUGACCAUGUAAAAAGAUAUUUUCCAUUAAUGUCCUUAAGUAAGGACUCUAAAUUUUUGAGAAUCUGCUUUCUAUUUCUCUUUCCAUUGUUGAGGUUCCUGUAAGGCAGAAAAAAGGGCGAAAAACCCACAAACUCCCACAGGGAUGGUCCUCUUUUGAACCAAGACAGAAACACACAAGAUGCUGGAACUUGCUCGGAUAUUUUGCCAGUUUUAUAAGUAAAGAAGGCAGAAAAGGUUGUCAUGUCUAGCUCCUAUAUUUAGAAAAUUUAGUGUCUCUGGGUUACUUGUCAUUUGAGGGGGGGUCCAGAAGGAGCGGCGUCUGAAGGGGUCACCCUUGCAGUAAGGGUAGACCGAGAGUGACUCAUAUGUUAGAUAACUCAGAGAAAAAAAAGUGUUUGGUCUCCCUAAAGUCUACUUUUUCUUCUAUCCCAUCCAUCUAUUCGUCCGUGUCCAUCCCUCCCCUCCUCUGUGUCUUCAGUAUGUAGGUUAGAAGAAAGGAGGAAAGUGUGUGUCUGUGUGUGUGCGCGUGUGUGAGAGAGACUUAUUAAACCGUCUUCUGCAGCAGGUCAUCCACAAACACCGCCUGAAAAGAUUUCUCAGUGAUGAAUGUGCGCUCUGUUCGGAGAAUAGCAACUUAGGGGAUAACAAUAGAGGUGAAGGAGGGGAGGAUCAGGGUGGAACUGUAACACACACAUCUGAAAAGUACAGGCUCACACACACACACACACACUUUGGUACACAAAGCCUCUUGAAAAAGUCAAUAUGAUAAAGUGUGUAGUGCUGACUAAGAUUCACUACAUCCUCGAGUUAAACCCCAUCACCGGAGUCUUUUUUGGACGCAGGAUGCCCUUUAAAGGCCGGCGCUCUGGGGAAAAGGGGUUUAUUUAUACAAUUUCAGGCUAUGAUACACAGAUCAGACGCUGCUGGCUUUACAGUGCUGCUGAAGAUGGUCGCGUUCAGGCCCCGAGCCAAAAGGCCUCAGCUGUUUACUGUUUGCAAGGAAGCAACAUGAUUUUGGUAUGUAACUGAACUUCCUCCGUUUGUCCGAGUCUCUGUUGGGCUGUUGUUGAGUCAUGCUGAUGGCUUUCAGAUCGGAGGUUUAUAUACGUUAUAUCUCCACACCCCUGAGCAUGAGCAGUGGAGUUUGGACUCUGUGUUGAACAACAACGUGAUGAGCUCUACUUUGGGAAUCAUAAAACAUUACAGAUACCAGAAGAGAGUCAUCAUCUUAUUUUUGACUGAGGCUAAAUUUAGGACUGUAAUAACCAUUAACUGAAGUGUGUGUUUUUACACCCUGAGUAGUGUCUGCAAGGCAAAGAACCUGAGCAGACACACUUUAAGCAAAAAAUUCCAUUUACUUGAAGCAAUUAAAUCAAAACUGAGUCUAUAAUUAGGCAUUGAUCGUUAGCAUUUAACGCUAGCUUUCAUAGCGUUUAAAUUCAUAACAAUUAAGGUCCUUUCACACCGGGACCAUUUUUUUUCGUGCGAUUAUUUCGGACGUCAAUAAUUUUUUUUUCGAACUCUUAUCCUGUCAAUACAAGCGGUUUUUUUUUCUUUCUUUUUUCCCCCCGGAAAGUCGCAAAAUUGCAUCACGCUUGAUGUGUAUAGUCAGGCGCGUCAAAAUUUGCCUACGAAUAUUUCGUAAUUUCAAGUCGUAUAUUUGCAUCGUUCCUGGUGUUUUUUGUUGUUACUGUUGAGAUGUUUGUAAAAUGACUAAAUAUUAGGGCUGGGACGAUAUGCUUUUCUCCCGAUUCGAUUCUUCUACGAUUUUUUUGGAUGCCGAUUCGAUUUAAAAUGCAAUUCCACGAUAUUGUCAAUUUUCGCGAUUUUUAGUCUACAUUUGUAACACCAGUGAAACAGUUGAAUGAUCGUCUCCUGACUAUUCCAGGACUCAUAUUUACCCAAAAAUACACAUCACAUGUAAGUCAGUCUUAAAGAUUUCUUUUUCAAUUUGAAAAAGAAAAACAGAACGAAUUUUGAACAAAAAAAUCUAUUUAUCCCCUGUAGUCCAGUCUUGUGAGUUUUCAGUUUGUGUUGUUUCCCUCGUGUUCUCUGUGUUUUAUUCUUUAGAUCAGUUUUCAGUGUUUAUCCCCUGUAGGACUUGAUUCCUUGUGUUUCUAGUCCCAAGUUUUCCCUCCUUUGUUAAUCAUCCAUGAGUUUACACCUGUGUCUCAUGUGACUCACCUUUUGCUCAUUUCCCAAUGUAUAUAUAAUCCCUUUCUAUCCCUCCGUCUUUAUUGGUUCAUUGUAUCUGCGUAUGCUCGUGUCCCCAGUUGACUCCUUGUGGUUUUUUCCUAGUGCCCUUUUGAUUCUUUGGAUUUUGCUUUUUGUGUUUUUUGUUGGAUUUUUUGGUCGGACAUUUUCAAGUAAGUUUUCGCUGCUUUUCAAUUAUGACGACAAAAAAUUGAAACAGGAAGUCAGUCUUUCUCACCCAUACAACCUCCUGUCUCUUUGAGAUUUGGUACACACGAUCGACGUCCAUUCCUUAACGAAUCUGUAGGAGCCAAAUAUGUUGAUAUGAUACCAUAUUAUGAGUUGCAGUUCACUUUGUGUGCCUUAGGUGUCGCUGUGUGCUUUAACAGUUUGCUAAACGUCUUUGUUUUAACUUUCAUCUGUGCUAACAUAAGCUAACGGUUGUUACCAUAGUUUAAUGUUCUUAUCUGGUACUGACCCCGACUCAGUACAUGCUAUCAUGACAGACAGACAUCUCAACACUAUUGUCUAAUCAGAACUGUAGAAUGCUGUAGGAUGGUAAGGGAAAGUCCCGCCCUCCUUCGCCUCUGAUUGGUUAUAAGUGCUGACCGUUUGGCUUGAGCGUGUGAUGACGUUUCCAGCUUUUCUAGCCAAUCAGAGGCGAAGUAGGCGGGACUUUCACCAGGAAAAGUCUUCUCCCGGAUGUGUUUUUACGCAAAAUCGCAUCGGGCUCGUUGUGUAUAGUCAAGCGCGUCAAAGUUCUUCUUCGAAUAUUUCGUAAUUUUGCGUUAAAUGCACUGUCAUGAAAAAAGGCCUCAAUGUUCUAACCCUAAUAAAGCUACCUAAACUAAACCUCAGACCUGAGUCUUCAAGCACAGACAUAGAAACAGACUUAGCAUACCUCAUUAGCGUCCAUGUCAUGGUCUAGCUAGCGCAGUGUUUUCCAAAUUCAGGGGCCCAACCCACCGGGGGGUUGCUAAGGGGUUGAAGAAACUGAAGAAAGGGAGGGAAACGGGUCAGGAAGUAUUUAGAUUGGACAAAAGGCUGAUGAUAAACAAGACGACAAGAGAAAAUUCAUAUGAGGGGGGUCCCUACCAAGAACUAAUGCGGAAUAGGGGUCUCUUGGACUGGCACAGAUUGGGAAAAAGUCGCUCUUUGUAGCAGGACAAGCAAGUAAACAAAGACUGGAAGACACUGAAAUCAGCCAAAUUUAAUUGUUUUGAAUCAACAGUUGAUGACGAAAACUCUGAACUAGUUUCAUUCAAUUAUCUGUCCGACUAUAAAUAAUCUCAAGUUAGGUAACUUUUCCCGGGAGGUUCUGUCAGUCAUACUUACCCUGAUACUCAAUGAUAGCCCGGGUAUCCUGUGUUGUCUAGAUGUCAGGAUGAUUUCCACAAAAACUGACAGGAUCAGAGGAUCACCGCGAUAUUCUGUUUAACCUUUAGUGAACCAACUCAGAUGAAGUCCUUACCUGACAGGAGGCAUAUACAGUGAAGCUUCGGAUGAGAGAAAUGCAAAUUCCACAUCAGGGCGGAUGACGAUGUUAUUUUUUGUUCCUGUUCUUGUACUUUUAAUGUAGACAGGUGUGUUUGUGUAGGUAACAAGAUGAUGGGAUGUUUGCAAAUGAGCCCGCCGGCACGAGUCAGUCGGUCGUCUUCUUGAUGCACUUAAGAGGAGGUCAAGACUUGUGUUUAAGAUGGGCCGCGAUCCUGAGUGAUUAGAGCCCUUGUGAUUAAAAAUUUACAUCUCAGCUUACUGCAAGGGAACCGAGGGGAUGUCUGUGUGUGUGUGAGUGUGUGUCUGAGUGUGUGUGUUUGAAUUUAUUUCGCAACAUGUGGAUGUGAGCCAGAGCGAGAUUAAUGCUCCAUGUCUAACAAACCUCUUAGUUUGACCCUGGCUCGCCUACGAAUACACACACACAAAAACACACACCGUCCACUUGAUCUCAUGCUGACCAUGAGCGGUUCCUCUUGCUGAAGCAUGUACACACACACACACACACACACACUCAAACAUGCAAAUAAACAGCGAACUCAGGCCAACUCUCAGCCGCUUUGAUGCAUUAAUGCAAAGGUGUUUUUUCGGCUCUUCGUGGCUCGGGACCAAAUUGAUCAUGACGACCGCGCACGCUCGUAAAGGCCGUGGAUUCAGAUUAGCGGGGAGAUUAUAGGUGAUGCGUACACAUUAGGAGUUUGUAAAGCUUAAAACGACCUCUCAUCUCUCGCGCCGUCGCUGAUUAUCGAGUUGAAGGCUCCCCUGGAGGAGCCGAAGAAGAAGCAGCAUCAAGCGGAGUUUUCAAGUUUUAACGAGGCUUCAAAAUCGUUGUCAAAUGGUGAAAAAUUUAUUCCAAAGCGCCCUUUAUCCCCCCGUCAGAAAUCUGAGAGGCUUUUAUUGUGUUUGCGUGUCAGCCUCGGUUCCGACUGCGGCCGCCGGUGCCAGAUGAAGACAGAUGGACGGGGGGUUUUGUCGGGGUCUGGGCCCGGCUCCAGGGAGCUGCCCUUGGUGCGAACAUUUUCAUCUACUUGUAGAUGUCGGACAGACAGAAUCCAGCAGACCCAGGAUUAAAACGGUCUGGGCUGGAAGAUUACGGGAGCAAAGGCUGUAUCUGGAUGUCCCUGCUGUUUGGCAGAACACGAAAUGCAUUAUUUAUUAUUAAUGCUCAGUGUAUCUCAGUACGGUUGUUGUUGUUUUUCUUGUUGUUGUUGUUGUCGGUUCACCAGUCAGGCAUACAUUUAAAGCUGGACCCUGAUUUUCCCAUUAAAACUGCGAUUAUUUGAUCUGCAGUGUUUCAGAGGUGUGUUUACAUCGAUGAACCCAGAAUACUAAUACUCCCAUCAAAAGUCUGAGUCACUUUAAUGAAAACGGAACAGCAGCCGGGGUUUUUAAUUUAGUUUACUUUGAAAGUGGAAGAUGUGGUCAGAGGUGCUGAAUCAAUCAAAAAAAAAAAAAAGCUGGUUAUUAUGAAACUAACUGGUUAUUAUCUUCUUCAUUAUAAGUGUAAUAGAGAAGUGUGAUUUUAACGCCCUGGGUGCAGUCUGCAAGGUGGGGGAGCCUUUUUGUAGCCAGUGAGGCAAAAUUUAUGGCAAAGAAAAGCCAUGCAAAACUAUACUAAUAAAAAUGACAUUGUUUCCUUAAAGCUAUCUGAUACUUGCAAGCAUAGCAACAGUCUGUUCUUCAUAGCAACGGUCUGCUAUAGAGAAAUAGAGGACUGUUGCCAUGGAGUAUGGACCAGUAAGAAUCAUAAGAGUGAAAAACAUGAAUAAAAUGUCCUAAAAAAAGCCUCUUAUUCUGAAAAUAAUUGGUUAUUAGCUGCUUCAUAAUAAACGUAAUAGAGAAGUUUGCUUUAAUGCUCAAUUUCUGAAACUGAUGAAUGAUUUUAUGCCCUGGGUGCAGUCUGCAAGGUGGGGGAGUAUUUUUGUAACCUGUGAGGCAAAAUUCAGGGCAAAGAAAAGCAAAAAAAACGUUGCCAAUGAAAAUAUUACAUUGUUUCUAUUAAAGCUACCUGAUACUUGCAAGCAUAGCAACAAUGGUUGUUCUUCAUAGCAACAGUCUGUUCUUCAUGGCAAUGGUCUGUUCUUCAUAUCAAUGGUCUGUUCUUCAUAUCAAUGGUCUGUUCUUCAUAGCAACAGUUGGUUCUUCAUGGCAACGGUCUGUUCUUCAUAGCAACAGUCUGUUCUUCUUAGCAACGGUCUGUUCUUCAUAGCAACAGGGGGUGUGAGAAAAAAAUUGAUAUAGCAAAGUAUCACGAUAUUCUGUCUGGUGAUAUAUCGUAUCGUCUUAUUUGCCAAGUAUUGAUUUUUCCAAAUUGUUUGCUAAUAUGAAGUCAAAUCUAUGAUAAUGGAAAAUAAAAUCAACUGUUUGUCCAGUGAGGUUGGCUGAGGUGACAUCAUAGAGCAGGAGAAAGUUAGUGCAACAAAUAUGUUUAUAAGAUUUGCAAGAUGUGCUACAUGAAAAUAAAAUACAGUGUAAAUAAGACAAACAUAAAAGAAAGCCAAAUGCUAAAUUAGCUAAACAGUUGAAAAAACGAUAUACAUCGCAAAAUAUUGAAUUCGCAAUUCUUACUAUAUUGCAAAAUGUUAAAAAUCGCAAUAAUGUUGUAUCAUAGCCCAAGUACUGUGAUAAUAUUGUACGUGGGGCCACUAGUGAUUCCCACCCCAAUUAGCAAUGGUCUGUUCUUCAUAGCAACGGUCUGCUAUAGAGAAACAGAAGACUGUUGCUAUGGAGUACAGACCAUUAAGAAUCAUAAGAGUGAAAAAAACAUGAAUAAAACGUCUGCAGACAGCUCAGGGUGAACAGAUGUUUAAAAAUUGAUGAAAUACACGAACAGAGCAGACUACAGCUGCUGAGAAGGAUCAUGUGGUAUUAUGAAAAGCUCCCGGAAAGCUGUUAAAAGGGCAUUUCUUUUAAUAAGUUACAACAUUGAUUACUCACACACGUCAGUCAUUUGAUGAUUAUACCACUCAUUCUGAUUGAGAAAAUCAGAUUAUAGUUUUUACAUAACUGUCCCUUUAAUGAGAUUAUUGCUUCAAAUGGGAUUAGAGUGAAUUAUUGGCGUGCGCGCACACCAGAUGUCAUGUUUUGAAACAGCUUCCUAACCUUUUUUAUGAUCCGCCGUCCUGACUCGAACCUGGACCAAAUUAGGACAAGAGCAUGCCGGCGUGUUGAUGGUGUCAAACGCACUAUCAGCGCCGUCCGGUUAUUUACGUCCAAGGAUGGCUGAGGUGGUGGUGGUUCUGUUCCCAUGAACCCCCUCCAGGAAACCCAACCUCCCCGAAGAAAGACAGACAAGGUUCACGGCACACAGACAGCAUGAUUAAAGGAAGUACAGUCGUCUAGGAAAGCUAAUGAGACUCGAGCGAGGACGCACUGUAGGAUAACAGCCACCUGAUACCUUUCCUAUAGAAAACGCAGCGCAGAAUCGUUUUGAAACCAGAUACUUGAAGGUGAAUAUCACUUUCAAGCGCCCGGAUCCCACAGGAGACUUUCAAAAACUUCUGUAUACGACGAAUUUUUUUUAUUUCGCCUCCUCUGAGAAAGCUUGUAAAACACUUCCUCUUUAUUACGCUGCUUCAUAUUCCCUCGUAUUGAACAGCCUACAAGGUGAACGUUGAAACGCUGCGAUGAGGAUUAAUACGGGACACCUUGAGAAGCAACGUCUGAGACAAAUUCUGCAUGAGUAGAGAUCUGUUUUUGCACUUUCAAGUGAAAAAAUCCACUUUGAUUUGAUUACUUUUAAAGUGAAUAAUACUGCCGAAUUGUUUGUUUGAACAACAAAGAGGUUUUCAGCCGCUUUCUGCUCAUUUUUUUACCAAAGACAAGCUUUUUCCGCAACCUGAAUAGACCGGCUUACUUUGAGAUAUCCGGACUAUGAUUAAGAGCCGCACAAUCACAGCGGAGUCAAGCCUUUGAAAUAGUUUUUUAUUCUUUCUGAUUCAUUUUCCUUUCAUUUCCUCAGUUUCCCCCCACACACACUCUCCGCCGCCGCCGCCUCCAUCCUGCUCGGAUACUUUUGCUCUAAUAAACAGGAGGAGCUUAAUGAGUGUGGAGCUGCCCGGGCAGGCGAGUGAAAGCCUCCGUGAAGUGCUCGAGGUGUUUCCUCUGGAGCCAUACAAACCCUGCCAGUGUUAGUUAGAGAAGCAGUUUAAAGCCCCACAGGCAGGUCGACACGCACGUUUGUGUGUGUGUAUAUGUGUGUGUUUGUGUGUUUGUAUUGUGAGUUUAUGAGGUCUGUUGGCUUUAUCUGUUCGCAGCAGUGUCUGGGUUCGAACAUGUGUGUGUUUAUGUGGAUGUGUCGGGCGAGGAGGGGGGUGUUGCAGAGGGCGCCCACCCCUGGCGGUUCAAGUCUGGCCUCUUAAUUAAUCUGUUUUUUGGCCGGAGGGUCUCUGUUAUCAGGCCAUUACAGAGAGCCUGACUGUGUCUGAACAGCACGAGCCCAGAGAGCUCUGCACAGGUACACACACUCGGUUGAAACCGCUAUACUAAUGAGGACACACAGACUCUUUUGUCCUUCAAGAAUAAUCCCAGUCUCAGUGUUUUACUUUUGUUCAUUCGGCUUAAACAUCUCAACAUUUACAUACUUUAUUUAUCAAACAGCUUAACAGUUCAGAGUUAUGAUUGCUUGGUUUGUGAUGAUGCCUCAGAAAGCUGGACUCUUCUACUACUGAGCCACGCUGUUGUAGUUGUCUUGCUGUAUUAUGCAACAUUAAAGGGAUAUUCCAGUGUAAAAAAGGUUAGAUACCCCGUUGAGAGAUGAAUGUUGCAGACCGCUUGCUUCUCUAGUUAUACCAACUUUAGUAACGACUGCAGAUAGCAAUACAGAGAGCCACACGCUCAACCAAAACGCCACUCUAUAGCCACCAAUAAUGCUCAGAACAGCACCUAACUUCAUCAACAGGACAUAUAGGGUCCCAGCCACCAAACAUCUUUCUUUAGCAGAGAGGCUAAACACAACUCACCUACUCUCUUCCAGCAGCCCCUUGUUUGUAUGGAGACCUCUGAGCGAGUCCAUCGACUGCUGCGGGGUGUUGCAGCUCAAGGAAGAACAUCUAUGAUCAUUUCUUCAUGGAAAUACAAUCAGACCGAGACGUUAAGGCAGAAGAACUACCGCGUCUGUGGUGCAGAAUGAUCAAUAUGAUGAUUAUUACUUUGAGGAAAUGAUAAAGAAAUGAUCAUAAAUGUUCUUCCUUGAGCUGCGUCACCCCGCAGCAGUCGAUGGACUCGCUCGGAGGUCUCCGUACAAACAAGCGGCUGCUGGAAGAGAGUAGGUGAGUUGUGUUUAGUCUCUUUGCUGAAGAAAUUAGGCAAAGUUAAAAAGAUGUUUGGUGUCUACUACUAUAGCUGGGACCCUAUAUGUCCUGUUGAUGAAGUUAGGUGCUGUUCUGAGCAUUAUUUGUGGCCAUAGAGUGGCGUUUUGGUUGAGCGCGUGGCUCUCUGUGUAUUGCUAUCGUGCGGUCAUUACUUAAGUUGGUAUAACUAGAGAAGUAGGCGGUCGGCAACAUUCAUCUCUCAAGGGGGUGUCUAACUCAGUGCUACGAUAUGUUUGACCCUAGGUUAAUUUUCCCCCGGAAUAUCCCUUUAACGGCGGAAAAGGUGAAAUCAGCUCCAAAACCUGUCUACCGUGAACACUCAUGGCGCCCUCCCAGAUGUGUAAUUGUCAUAAAUGCAUUCCCAUACGUUGUUAGGGAUGCUAGCUUUUGACCUAUGCGCUGAUGCGCCUCAUUGGUUCAUCUUAAAUGGUCUCAGUGUCUGUUUUAUACAUGCUUUCCUUGUUGCUUGAUUUUUAUUUUAAUCUGUAUUAAACUGUGUUCACAGACAAUGAUUUUUUCUAAGCCCAUGUGGUGGUUUCCACCACAGAGCCACGUCUGUUUUCCUCACAAGCUCGCUCAUUCAGCCUCAGUUUCCCUCCUUGUCCAUUGUGCACAGAGAGUCUUUUAAUGAGAUUAUGUACUAUAUUUGACAAAUUCCUCACAUUCUCCGCAAUUUUACGCCCAUGGUCGCUCUGGAAUUCGCUGGACUAUUUCCUCACCCAGAGUUCACUUGUAAGUCCCUCUUGAACACCGUAUUUAUACCCAGUCAUGUGAUUGUUUUUAGCAUUACAACAUCAGAAUUUAGACUUAGGAAAUAUACAAACAAUAGAAACUAAGGGCAAAAUAGCAGCAUGGUGACUAUUAUUGCACUUCUUGGCUGUAGAGUGGUAGUUUUAGGGUAAACACUGUUCUUUGUUAUCAUUAAAAAUUAGAGUUUUUACCCUAAAAUUUCAGUCUUAAUCAGGUCCAUUUGCAAUCUCUGCACUCUGUUCAGCUCAAAUUAAGAUAUUGAUUUUUUAGGAGUUUUUGAGCGGACCUCACAGCUUGAUAAAACAUUUUGGAGCAGAGUAAAAUUCACAGACGGGGGCUUAACUUCACUUUUCCUAAAUUAAAGUCGAUCCUUAACCAAGUCUUGACCCUUAAACUGGCUUUUUAAAAGGGAGUCCCCCAAAUGUCCCUACAAUCCAAAAAUGACCCCAAUCUAAAGCCCUCUAUAAAACCAUAGUCCUCACAAAGGCACAUAAACAAGAGCGCACACUCAUGCACAGGACUCAGUAAAUACAGGUGUGCAAGCUGUCGGGUCAACACACACAGGCAUACCCAAACAAAGACAGGGCACACAAAUCUCAUGCUCACACCUCCGCCGCCUCUCUGACCACACACACACACACACACACACACACACGUACAGUAUGUCUUCUCUAAAGAGUCUGGGUUUCACAUGCAACCCCUCACAGGCUGCAUGUGAAACCUGAUUACAGUCCAACACAGAUUUCCUCAGAGGCGCGGGGGGGAGGCGGGGGUGUUGACCGCUGUUACCGUAGCAUCACUCAGCAAGUCUGGAGGCUUUCAACCACAUAUCCCACUUUCCCUCAGUGUGUCUUUCUGUCUUUAUAACCUCUCUGUAGGUUAAAACGGCGCUCAAAGCGGUUAGACGAUGGCGUGAAUGAUCUCUGCUGAUGAGCAUGUUCUGCUGAGGUGGCGGUGGAUAACGAUCUUUAGGGAGAUACUCUAAACGUUUGGAUAUAUUUAUGACUCUACUUCAGUUUGUGUAGAAGAAGAAGCAAAGUUUAGGAAAGACUUCAGCCGUCUUUGUUUCUGUGAGGAAAACCCAAAGCCUGCUACGCCAAGAAACAACAAAACGCUCAAUUAAUCUGAGCGGAACAAAAGAAAACACAACAUUUGAAUCUCCUCCGGUCUUUGUUUGCACUCUGAAAAGAGGAUGUCGGCCGGUCGGAGCCCGAUACAGAAGUGUUGUCCUUUUAUUCUCUGUCUGGUGUUUCUGCUACUUGCCUCCGACGACCUUCUGUCCGCAUAUUUAUUCCCACUUCAACAGAUUUUCUUUAUUUAGCUCUCACUCGAAAAGCUUUUUCUUCCAUGCCUUGUUCUCCCGUUGCUGUCUGUGCUAUCUUCUGUGAGGCAGCAGAAUCCAUCGCUGUAAACGCGAGCAUCGGCUCUUUUCUUCGUCGCAGACUUUGAUUUUGUUUUUAUUUACUCAGUUUAGUCUCGAUUAAUUGCCUAAAAAACACAUGAAAGGACAUUCUCCCCUGCGUUUUAAGGAAUCUGCAAAUGCCAUACUCCUUCCCACUCUUUCCAAAAUAGAAAUCUUGUUUUCUAUCUUCCUCGUCUCCGCUCCACACCAAAGUUUCGCCGCAGGCAGCGUGCCAUCUGCUUUUGACAUUUUUAGAAUGAGGAGAACUUGUGAGAACAGCGUGUUUAUUGUCCCAUUUCGGUAAAUUAUUCAGACUCCAUGUUCGGAGUCGGAGCGGCCGACACAAAGCAGCACUGACACUCUGUGGAAAAUCUGGAAUUCCUGAAUCCGUCGCUCUGAUUUCAUUCCGCAGCGAUCCGGAUGUGACAGUUGGAGCUGACGCCAGGAUGAAGCGCGCCUAUUGUCAGUCCAGCAGUUGUCCUUUGACCCCUGUGCUACGCCGAGUGCCAGAGCUCAGCCUCGGAGCCAUCACAGCCGCUCGGGUGCGAGCUAAAUAUGCGCAACAAGCCAACUCAAGUGUCAUACUCAUAGCAGGGGGACUCUUUGUGAGUGGCUGCCGGCCAACGGAGGGCACAUGUGCGGUCUUGCAAAACUUAAUUCAGAGUCAGUUUUCCAGCAUGAAAUUAACUUCUAAUCUAAAUUCAUUUUGUACUUACCAAAGGGCAAGGGAACGAGCCGUGAAAGAGCAGCAGUGGACGUCGGGGUCUACGGAUGUCAGUCGCCAUGAGUGCCAAUUUGUACGACGCAUAUUUCUCAACAAAGAGUAUCUAACAUGGCGUUUUAGUGUGCAGUAAGGCUUACCAAUAUCCCUCUGUUGCAUCCUCAAUUGGAGGAAAUAUGAUAAAAAAGGUCUCUGUUGUGUUCUUUCCACUGAAAAGGAUGAAGGAAAUCGCCGCCUCUCAUUCGUCUUUCCUUCACACUUGAAUUUGCCGUUUGCUCCAAAGACAGUCGAAAUGCAAACUCCUGCAUUUGUCGUUGAGACAGGCGGAUCAGAGCGGCGUCGGCAGUGAUGCAGACACUAAACCGAUCUGUCGUGGUGAAGAAAGAGCUGAGCCGUACAGGGAGACUCUCGAUUUAUCGGUCACCUACGUGCCGACCCUUACCUAUGGUCACCGGAAGAACGAGAUCGCUGAUACGAGCGGCCGAAAUGGGUUUCUUUCGCAGGGUGGCCGGGCUCAGUCUUAGAGAUAAGGGUAAGGAGCUCGGACACUCGGGAGGCGCUCAGAGUAGAACCGCUGCUCCUCCACGUAGAGAGGUGGCUCGGGCAUCUGGUUAGGACGCCUUCUGGACGCCUCCCGUUAGAGGUGUUCCAGACAUGUCCCACCGAGAGGAGACCUCGUGGCCGACCCAGGACCAGGUGGAGGGAUUAUAUCUCUCGUCCGGCCUGGGAGCGCUUGGGAAUCCCCCCAGAGGAGCCGGUGGAAGUGGCCGGGACGAGGGCCGGAGAUAAGCACAUUUGCUGAUGAUGGUCUUCUUAUCUCUUCUGGUCUUUUGUAGGCAAUUAAAGGACCUCUGUUUAACUCCUCACAGUGGCUUUAAGUUCAGUUGUGUUUCUCACUUUUUCACUGUUUUCUACGUCUGUGAUAAAUAUUCAACAUCACUUCCUGAACUGGACGUCUUUCCUUUCUCAACGCUCCUGAAACGGACGACAUCACAACGACGUCUCUGCCUUUUAAUUUCCCAAUCAUCACCGUAUCACUCGAUCAGAAUUAACCUGGGACCUCUUCCCUAUCAGUGUGAUAAACGAGUGAUUUGCUUGCUCCGGGGAUAAUUAACGAACUAGGCACCCAAUUAAGCCUGUUUGACCCGAUCAUGAUUGGAUACGAACCAGGACGCGGCCUUGUUAAGAGCGAUCUAAUUACUCGUAGGAUAUUCCUCUAUCAGCGCCGUGUUACGUUGAUCCAUUAGAUAUCGAUCUUUCUUAUAGGGGCUCAUCAUCUCAUUAGCCUUUGUUGUGUUUGUAAAUGUGGUAACGUGGAUGUUGAACCAACAAGGGUUAGAGUUCAAUGUCAGGGGUAUUGGGUCCAAAUCUGAGCUUAGAUGCAGAGCCUGAUCCCAGUUUUACAUACUCAUUAUCCCAGUCUGGCUCUGCUGGUUUCUGCUUAAGGCUUAUUGGUUUUAUUCACCUCAUGGCUGUUCUUGUGAGUUUUUUAAUAUUGAGAAGCUUCGGUAAACACAGCCUCUCCUCGGGCUGGUUAUGAAGCCUUAAUGAACCUUUGGGGUCGGUGCGAACGCCUGGAGGAGUUAAAUCCAUUUAAAAAAAAACCUCAGACAUCCCCCCCUCCCUGCAAACUCCGGUGACGCACCCUGGAGGAAUAACCGGAGCAGCUGCUCAGUCAUCUGCAGUUACAGUACCAGGUGUGAAUGCACCAACUGUUCAAUCUAAUCCUUUAAAGUAACCGUGCAUUAACACUUGUGUGAGGCUGGGAGUUCGAGGAUACAUGCAGUUCGUGUCGAGUGGAAGCGUUUGCUGUUUCUUAAGCCUCCAGAGUAAUAACUCCGCGCACUUACUCGCUCUGACCCAUUUUGCUUUCUUGUGUUUACAAGCGUAUCUGAAGCAGAUUAAUCUUAAGCAUUAUCAAAAAUGAAAAAGCUGAGUUAUUAUUUAAGAUUACUUUGAAACGGAAAGCAGCUUCUACUUUUGAGCAAUUUUCUCCUCUUAAAAAAACUCUAUAAAACACACCCCAGUUUGUAAGGAGUUAUUUUUUAUCCCAACAUUUCGAUGCUGCAAAUUCACCAAUUUGUUUUAGUUUAACUUACAAAUUGUUUUAAUACGCUUUGGAAAUGGGAAGACGAACAAACUACACAUCUAUCACCACCACAUGGAUCCGCCCCUGCAGGGGUCAGCAUCCACGAGAUCCAAGACUAAUCCCCCAUUUCUACCGCAUCCGGAAUGGCAGCGAAAACGCCAAUCGCAGCUGAUCGUCGCCAUUCAACUUGAUGUGUCAAUUUCCACCGGCUUCUUUCCGUUCCUCUGCGGUUCAGUGUGCUUCGUAGCCGAUCGCCAGAGUCCUUUUUUUUCCGGACGCCGCAGCAGGACGCAAAAAUUCAGUACAGAUUAGUCCGUGCUGGAAAGGAAGUCGGGCACAGACACAAAAUAAAACAUCAGCCUUCUUUUCAAAAUAAAACGCAGAUCGUAUUACGUACCAUGCAAAUGGGCGGGUCCAGUCAAAGGUUUCAGACUGUAUUUUACUCCAACACCACGGAUGAGGAGACGCUGAUUGUAGAAGUCUAGAAGUGGAUUUCCGCCUCUGGAAGGACACAAUCUACUGCUUAUAUGGUUAUGUGGCUGUCUCUGAAUCUGCCAGUUCUUGUGAGUUCUCGCGAUUCCCGCUGUCCAAAUCCACCACGAAAUUCCCCUCACAAACACAUCCGGUUGGAAUUGGUAGCCAUUUCGGAUGCGGUGUAAAUUGAGGGUAAUUCCAAAGGGGUAAUUCAAAGUUCUCGAAGAGGUUUCGCUUCUCUUUCCAAUGAUCGAGGUGGUCAACUGGAAGUUUCUGGCGGAGUUCUUGACCUAGCUUCCUCUGGGGGUGAUCCUUGGUCACAUGAUCCCUGGAUUGAAGUGGAAGUGUUUGGAUUGAAAGUGGUCCAAGGAAGGGACACCAGUGUUCUGGAUCAUGGGGUCACCAUGGAAAGACUGUCAUAUGUGGUUCAGUCCAACAGAAGAGCCACUGAGUCCUCAAAGAAGGACCUCGAAGAUACUGGGCAAGUGAAGGUGCCUUAACAUGUCUCCAAUCAGAGCUGAAACUCAUUGGAAAAAGUAGAAAUGUACGACUCAGAUCUAGGCGGUCAUCCGGAAGUUUCUGGCAGGGUUCUUGACCUAGCUUCCUCUGGGGGUGAUCCUCGGUCACAUGAUCCCUGGAUUGAAGUGGAAGUGUUUGGAUUGCAUCGUAAAGGGAUCCAAAAACACCAGUGCAACAUGCACAUAUAUCUACGAUCUACCAUAUGUGGUCCAAGGAAGGGAGACCAGUGUUCGGGAUCAUGGGGUCACCACGGAAAUACUGGCAUAUGUGGUUCAGUCCAACAGAAGAGCCACUGAGUCCUCAAAUAGAAGGACUUCGACGAUACUGGGCAAGUGAAUAUGCCUUAACGUGUCUCCAAUCGGAGCUGAAACUCACGGGAAAAAGUAGAAAUGUACGACUCAGAUGUCAUUUUAUCUGGGAAGGUAUCUACAUUCAGAGAAAAGUAAAGAUGUUCAGAAGUUUCAGAGACGAAGAGUUAUUGCUGAAAGUUAAAAAAAAAAAAUGCUGAGAUAAGGACUUUUCAGACUCAGGGCUGACUGAGGUGCAUAUAUAAGAUAAGUAAUGAAUUCAGAGCCUGUCACGGACGUCUGACUGUGUUAAAACCCUACAUUCCUAUGCCCCCCCCCUCAGUCUUUGUGUUUCUACGUACCGGCGGAGACCUGCCCAUCUGUCACUCCACCUCUGUAAAAACUCUUAAGUCGCUGAUGAAAGCCGACAAGCUUUUGAUACAAGCGUCUACAUACUCUGUUCUGUGUAUCUGAGAAGCCUUUAAUGUUCCCUCUGUCUCCAGCCGUGACAGCGUCUUUCCUUAAUUGCAGCGUGCAGACAGCUCUUUUACUUUUCAGCUAAGAUUUCUGCAGAAUCAAAGCGCUCUAAGUUAAGACACCCCUGUUGAAAAUCUACUGUAAGUUUGAGAGAAGAGAAGCCGGCGUGUUUAGAUUAAUAAAUCUCGCUCAUUUGUCAUCCUGAUAAAGUGGGAGCUUCUCUUUUAUCUCCGGCAUGAAGAGAAAAGCCUCAGCGGCGCUCUGCGGCUGAAUAAACUGUCAUCCAAUAAAAGCAGGAACACAAAAUCGGACGUGGUCCAAAUGAACCUGCUGGAUGGCUCAGCUCCCUCAGCUCUGCGCUGGUAAUUGGCGUCCAGCUUAAGUACAGCGCGGCGGCACAGGGGGCUUUUUUACAAACCCCACAAUUGAAGUUGAACACAAAAACAAAGUGGGAACCACAAGGCGGUCAGCUCGGUUGAUGUGAACCCCUGAGGGCGGGUCGCUGUGGAAGAUACAUGAACCAAAACCAGUGAUCAGGAGACAGGAAAUCAGAGAAAUCAGAGUCUUUACUUAUCUCUUUACUUCUUUGAUUUCUCUUCGUUAACUUUGGUCCGAAGAAAGAACCAGGAUUCCCUCUUAGGGCCGGGCGAUAUGGAAAAAAAUUUAUCACGAUUUAUUUUUUUCCAUAUCAGUUGAUAUCGAUAUAUAUCACGAUAUAAAAAAUGAAAUCUAACACUGCUUAUUGGUAGCUUCUCUCUCCCUCCCCCUGAUUAUUGAACACAACGGACUUCUCAAAUGGUUUACCCGUUCAUAGAUGAUUUGACUUAACCUUCUCAGCCUUAUUUGACUCUUAUUCCUAAGGGAUUUGUAGUUGCUUUGAUAUUUUCACAAUUAGUCAAGCGAUGUAGGGCAGUGCUUGUACGGAUCCCUCAAUUGGCCCUUCAGCCUAUCCUUGUUUGACCACCUAAUCUCCUGCUCCUCAAGUGAAUCCGUACAUGAAGUUUUCAGGCUACACCUGGUCUUCAAAUAAAACAAUGAUGGUCUUUGAACAAACAUUUCAGGCCUGUCUUCAAACAAAGUUCGAAGGCGUCACACUCUGCGGUGAUUAUUUAAGCCGCUCUGUGUCCCUCAUUCAGUGCCAGAUUGUCUUUGCAACAUGCACGGCUCUCCAGCAGUAUUUCUCGGAUUGAUGUCUCGGUUUCGACUCCGACCACGUCUUCUCGUCUCUGCCCUUGGAUCCCUGGUCAAGUUUCUCCACUUCCGUGAGUACUUCAUGUUUCGCUGUGUUGCCGGCUCCCCGACCAACUGCCCGUCCACGACAAUCCCUCGAAUGCUCUUGUGUUUCAAAUACAUGGGCCAGACAUGACCAUCAAAUGGUUCCGGGGGGGAUCUAGCACCUUGUAGUUCCUGGAGCACCUCCAGAUUUUGCAUUCUACGUAUGGGGUGGAAAUAAAGUAACGUUGGUUCAGCACGUCGAUCAAAGGUUUGUAGGUGUAAAGCAGGAAGCCUUCAAUGAUUGUCAUUGUCAGACUUCGGAACGAUCUCAGUAUCCAGUAGUGUUGUAGUACUUUAGAUUGGUCUUGGUCCCGGGACCGUUUUUGAGGGUUUUGGUGUCGUCUCGGAAUCGAAGGCAUUUUCACUCGGUCUUGUCUCGGGUUUUUGAACGAGACCGGUCGAGCUAAUAACCUCACAUCAUUGGUAGGAAUGAUUCUCCCCCAGGUGUAGCUGCUAAGUUACCUGCCCAGUGUCACACAGUCUGAGUGACUGACACACCCUCUUCACACAGAGAGAGGAUGGAGACGACAGGAGGAGAGGCACCCGGUGAUCUCAUCAUGGAAGAUGUCUGUCAACUCAACAGUAAUUAAGUUUCCUAAACCACACAGAGUUUUAUUUGUAAAGCGACAUGCAAGCCAAAACACUCGGCAGUGUGCAAACAGCUGGUACGACUUCAAACUUUUACCGUCACCUCAAGAGGAAGCAUAAAGACAGGUAAGCUAAUGGUUACCAUACAGUAGUGUUGUAGUACUCAAGAUCGGUUUUGGUCUCGUCUCGGAAUCGAAGGCAUUUUCACUCAGUCUUGUCUCGGUCCUCUUUGGUCUUGGUAGUGUCUUGGUCUUGGUUGGUGCAGUCUUGACUACAACACUAGUAUCCUGGCUGUUAUUAACGCCGUGAGAGUGUGCAGAGUAUAACAGAGUAUGACUCCUCACACUCGGUCUCCAAACAAACUCACCUGACUAUAAAACAAAGCUACUGCCCAGUUCAAUUCAGCCUCCUCUCACAAAUUUAGCACAUUCAGCUUUUCCCAUUGUCUCCCUUUUCUUCUCUUCGUGGUUUUUGAUCCGAAGAGGAGAGAGAAGUAGGUCUUAGUGAUCUCACAGGCUCAUUUUUUUUGCACAGAGAGAGUAAAUGUUAUGAUUUCUUCUGUUGAUUUAGUUUUUCAUUGGUCAUUUGAGUGUGUUUUCCUUGUGUUACCGUUCCUUAUUGCUCCUGUGAACCUGUCUCGUGAGUUUUCAGUUUGUGUUUGACCCCGUUUUCCCGUCACAUUCUCUGUGUGUUUUAUUCUUUAGAUCAGUUUGAGUGUUUCCUGUUUUAUUUUGUAGUAGUUGAUUCCUUGUGUUUCUGGUCUGGUUUUACUUCCCAAGUUUUCCCUCCCUCGUUAAUCACCUGUGUCUCGUUAGUCUCACCUGUUGCUCGUUUCCCAGUGUGUAUAUAUAGUCCUUGUCCUCCCCUAUGUCCCUGUUGGUUCAUUGUAUGUCAAUGUGUGCGUAUGCUUGUGUCCCCACUUGUUCCUUGUGUCUUUAGUUGGAUUUUGCCAUUUGGAUGUUUUUGGUUAAAGUUUUUGUUUCUUUUAUUUCAUUCUUUUUAGUAAAUCCUUUGUUGUUCUACAUUUGGGUCCUUUUUCCCAACCGUCCCGGGCGUCUUUAUUGUGCAGAAUCAGAAACCAGAAGCCUGGGAGGUUAGCAGCAGAUCAUUAACACUUCUGAAAACACUCGGCUUACAGUUGUUUACACGACUGAUCCUCCAAAAUAUCUCAACCCACUAUAAACCGUUAGCAUGACUGCGUAGUAUGAUUUCCACGACACGGACCGGCUGGAAGCGGCGAUCUCGUCUGGUCGAGGAGCUUUAGGGCUUUGCCUCCGAACAUCAAAUUAAUUUGGCAGAGAGGAAGCCUGCGUCUUAUGUAAAUGAACAGCUGAGUUGCAAAAGCACAUUGAGUCCCCUGAGCGGAAUAUGAAAGCAGAUAAAAACAGAGGAGGGAGUGAUAUGGUGGAAAGGGUGUUCCACCAUUAAAAUAACACGUCCAUACGUCAUGUAAUGAACUGUAAAAAGAAACGCUCACACCCACGACUCACCCAAACUGAAGAAACAGAGAAACCUCUCGAGUGUGACGGCGUGCUUAUGCUCCAAAUAGCAUUUUUAUGUUUCCGUGGCGAUUAAAACGCUCUGCUCAUACGAGUCUCAAAGCUUAACCCCCUGCUGGAAUAAUUAGAAACCUCUUAAAUGAUGGAGAAAAAAAAGAUUGUUUAAAUAAAUUAACUCUAUUAUUGUUAGAUCCAGUCAAGUGUUUGUAUUCCAGUUUAUUCAAGUCUUGUUGAAUGAAGUGCUAAAACCUGCAGUUCCCUGAGCGUCCACUUGAGGCUGUCUGCGGAAUCACUGUAAACCACAUACACACUCAGUCAAAAAUAAACAUGUUUAGAAUAGUCUCCUAGAGCAGCACUGAGCAGGGAGCGAAUUUUACUGUAACACAUUUAUUUUCAAGUUUAUUAAGGUUACAAAAUUGGCGAAUCGGAAGCGUGGUCGACUUUACUCAGAAGUGAGCGGGAAAAGCUCGAAUCUGAUUGGCUGUUGUGAUUCACAUUUCCGCUGUGUUUCAUCGAGUAAAUAUGCUCACAGCUGAUCACCGUGAUCGAACUGAAAUUUAUCACCAUCAUCGAUCACGAUCAUAUAAUCGCCCGGUCCUAACCACCGGAAACCGUGGGGGCAGUGUCGCUGAUGUCACUACCCAACAUGCAUCUCUAGAGAGAACUAAGAAGACAACGGCGGGGCUUUUUGAGGAUCGACGUCAAUUUAGAUUAUCACCAGCUCCUCCACAGUCGCCAAGUUUCUUUUUGUUUGUUGUUGUCAGAAACUUUUGACUCCGGCCUGCCCCCUGGUGGGUGUAAUGGUUAACAUCCAUGACAACGUAAAGGACGCAUGGAAGUAUGUAGGCAGUGACGGAAUCAUCGUAUGAAACAGACACCAUAUUUAGUUAUAACACAGCCUACAAUUAAGAAUCAUAAUCAACGGUAAGGCAGGAAAGAGGAAGGAAGGAAGGUGAGAAACAGUCCGUCAAACAAGAAGCACCAGAUCGAGUAAGAGAAGGUCCAUUUCAGAAAAGUCAGAAAGGGUCAGGUGCAGUCAGCGAGGGAAAAGAAGUCUCAAAAAGAGUUGUCUUUCUUCAAGACAUUGACCUGUUUUUUUUUUCUAAUCUUAACCACUCUUAUCUUCAAAAAUCACUAUCAAAGAAAUUGUGCUGAAGUACGACACAACAGGUUUCAGUGUGGGUGUGAAGACGUGUUUGUCAUUUGACUUCGCCGGAGGGUGAAUUUUCUCGCUGAUGUUUUCGGGCUUCCUCUCUCUGAGUUUAGCUUUAGGCGCUCGUAACAAAUGCUCUCCGAGGCUUUCAUCAAUAAAAGCGGCUGAUGUUGGAGUCUGAUGCCACUCAAUCAGACUCAGGCCUCUCAUUUUCUCUUGUUCGCAAUUUGUCUUUGGGGCGAAUCUAUUCUUUCAAUCUUAUCCCACACUCUCCUCACCCUGUCCUUCACUCACCCCCGUCCCUGCCGCACUCUCAUCGCUCUCUCUGGGGGGUCAUUUGGGGGGGAGAUAAAGCCUGUAUCCGAGGGUCCGCGGGGAGUCUCUCCUGCAGAUGAGUAAUGAUCCAGACACACACUCAGGCACAAACCCACAGACACGCAUGGGAGGGAAAGCAGUGGCGUAGACACACACAUGUUUGGCUGCUGCUGCUGCUGCUACACACUCCAUUUGGUUCCCUCUGUCUCUGCCUGUCUAACAGGUCCAGGAACAGGGUGGGGCAGGUGCUUAAAAAGCACCACAGGGACACGAGCCAGAGAGCUCUGUCGGCCUUCACCGCUGAGAUAAAGGGUUAGAGGGGAGAGGGAUGGAGAGAGAGGAGAGAGAGAGGGAAAGCCCAGCGGAGAGGUGGAGGAAGAGGAGGUGGGAGGUGCAGUUCAGAUUAAAGUAAUGAGGGUUGGACUUUGGAGAGAGGAGGGGCGAUAAGAGAAAGAGGCAGAGGAUGUGAUUUUCUUUGUCUCGAAGCUUCUGAAAAUCAGAAUCCGCACUCAUGCAGAACCGAGUUUGAUAACGGCUCGUAUUGGACUCCAAACAUCAAAUCCUUUACGAUGUACCUCGAACAAGACCUGACUCAAACUUGGAUGGAGUCUGAAAGACAGAUAACUCACAUUUUAUCAGAGACAGAAGAUAUCAGGCAGACUAAAUCCACAAUCCUGUCAAUCUGGACCGAUUGAUUAGACCAAACAGGUCGAGAUUGAGUCGCUCCGAUCGUUUUAAGGCUUCACGCUGCGGUACGCUUUCUAAUACCGCAAGACAAGGCUUUACAUCCCUGGAGAGAUAUCACAGCAGCAAUCAUUUACCCCCUGUUGGAACAAUCCCAGACAAACAGUAGAAACAGAAUCACAAGCUGAUGCUUUAGCUGAGCUGGUAAAGUGAGGAGCCCAGGAUCAGGUCUGACUCAUGCCCCAGCAUCCCUCGUCUCCCUUUAACUGUCUUCUCACAGACAGACUAUUGCCAGAAACAUAAAAGAAGAAAUGUGAUUACAGAACUGGGACAAGAAAAUCAGCAACCAUCUACCUUUGUGAGAUGUAGUUGUCGAAAGGAGUUAGUUGAUGUUGAUAAGGAUGCCGGCCUUUAGAGGUGUUCCGACCAGGUCCAACCCCGGUAAGACUCUGAACUCACUAGAGAACUUAUGUACCCUACCUGGACUAGGAAUUCCUUUGGAUCCCACAGGAAGAGCUUGAAAGUGUUGCUGGAACGAGGGAGGUCUGGGUUGACGGAGUGUUUUAUUUUGAAAAGAUACUGGAUGUUUUAUUUUGUGUAUGUGCCCGAGUUCCAUCCGGAAAAAAUAGAACUCUUGCGAUCAGCCGUGGAAUCCGGCGAUCCGCAGCGGAACGCAAAGAAGCCGGUGGAAAUUGGCACAUUAACUCGAAUGGUUACGAUCAGCUGCGAUCGGCGGAUACGGCCUUUUCGUAGCCAUUCCGGAUGUAGUGGAAAUUGAAGGGUUAAUAAUAAUGCAUCAUAAUGCAAUAAUGAUUUCAUGUAGCGCUUUAUCGGAGACCCUCAAAGCACUUUACAUUAGAUACAUCAUUCAUUCGCUCACACAGUCACACUUUGGUGGUGGUAAACUACCUUAGUAGUCACAGCUGCCCUGGGGUAGACUGACGGAAACGUGGCUGCCAUUUUGCGCCUACGGCCUCUCCGACCACCACCACACAACAAUCACAAUCAUACACCAGUGGAGGACACACACUGGGAGCAAGGUGGGUUAAGUGUCUUGCUCAAGGACACAACGGACAGACUUGGGGGGAUCGAACCGCCAACCUUCCGGUUAUUGGAUGACCGCUCUACCUCCUGAGCUACUGCCGCCCCCAUGAACCAACCCUGCAUAAGUGGAAGGAAAUUGACAGACCGAAACCUCCUAUUCGAAAUUAAUGGUCAGGUUGUUGUUGUUGAUUCUACAAUUCAGGGACUAAGAGGUAUUUUAGUUCCUUAUAGAUCCUUCUUUAGAGGAACCUUUUAAGCCCCUGCGUCAGAGUGGGUACUACCCCAGCACGAGAUGGACUUUGAGUGGCCUACAUGUAGGGUGUUUGGUCCAGAAGAGAGUGUUUGUUGACUGGUCAAACCCAGUACCACCAAGCGCCGUUUCUAGAUCCUUCCAUGAACAUUCCUAAAAUACUGAAAGGAUUGUCAACACUAAGAGUUAUGCAUAAAUUUUAAUAAUUAAGGGGUGGGUCUGUGCCUUGGCCUAUGCCUUGGAGGACUUGUGUCAGCAUAUUUUAUGCACUCAGAGGCAACUGUUUCCAGGAAGAGAUAGACAGAACAAUACGCUUAAGUAUUUCUGUAGUGGUUUGGAUAAGAAGCUUUUUUCUAAAACAGGUUUUCAGGGCUUUUAAAGGCUUACUGUUUUAUGCUGCCAUGACAACCUCAAACCUCUCUCACAUGGUUUCCAGAUAUUACCUUGAUCAAAGCUAACCUAGACUGAACGAGGUUUAGAAAUACAGAUGCUCUUCAGCUGGACCAAAUGUCGAAAAAUGAAAGGGUUGAGCAGCAGAGGGGGGUGGCGUGGAGCUUAAAUAAUUUCAAGCCUUACAUCUGGGAUUGAUUUUGGGGAUUUUAGAGAUAAGGCCUCAGACGUGAGCAAACAGUAUUCCUGGAAAAUGGAUGGAUUUCCUCGAUGGCCCGCAAAGCCUUAAAGGAUUUCUGAGAAUUCAACUCUUAACCAGCAUAGCCUUCUUGGUUUAUACAGCAGCACUGUGUGUUUCAUAAUUUAAAUAAAGGUCUUAGUCUUCCACUAUCCAACUCGUGAGUAAAUCCUGAAUUCAUCAGGAAAAUAGAGUCUUUGUCUUGGAGCUGUAAAUCAUUGGCAGCUGCAGAUGUUAGCAGCAGACACAAGUCUCUGAAGCAGGCUGCAGCUGUUACCAGCACAGUCCAGAGGGUCCGUCCAGUCCUUUUUUUGUCAGUGUCACCUCGUGAAACUCUAGACAUUAAAGCAAAGUCAGGACCGAGUCCCGGCACUUUGCACAUAACCAUAAUCAGAGGUGAUAUGUAUCGAUCCCUGCUGAGAGAACAGUGCCAGGCGGCAUUGGGAUCAGCAGUCUUGGUCUUGAAGGGCUUCAAUGUCAAUGCUUCAAUGCUCAAGGACUUCUCACCGAGAUGGGUACUUGAUCUCUGCUGCAAGCUGGUUUUACUGACUCUGGGCAUAAAGGUAAAGUGGAUUCGCAGGUUUUAACAAACUGAAUAAAAAUUUACAGCAGUUUGGAUCAGUCUUGUAGAAGGCGAAGAAAUAAAACUUUCUGCAAAUCUCUGCAACUGCAAUGGAAACCCAAAACAAAGACCUGUUUUACUUGUGUUUUAUGCAAUAAUUCACAAGAAUAACGUGGUUCAUAGGAACGUUUAAUGACAUAAGAAUUACGGAUAUCUUUAGAAAUGUCAGAAAACGCUCGGGGGCGACUGAUUUCUAUGAGAUAGCUUUGUGUCAUAACACAGUAGCCAUGUUUAUGACUCACAUGCGUUUACGUCAUCAGAUAACCAACCAUGUUUUGGUGGGUGUUAGGAAUUUUUGUAGAGCUCUGACCUGGGAAUUCCACUGGAUCUGGAACGGCUGCGCUCCACUCCGGACCGGCAGGCCGCCACCGAAGGAGAAGCUGGACGAGAAGUCACAAGAUCUUGCAUGUUUCCCUGUGAGACAUUGAAUGACACCCGCCAAUCGGCGUCUAUAAACGGUGGUGUAUAUAAACACCAACAUCCCACAACCUUAGCCUCACCCAUUAUCAAUUCAACAACAGUUCAACGUAUUGAAUAGAAGCCUUGCGUAUCCGAUCCCGGCUGCUGGAACCGAUCCGCAGUGGAGCCGGAUGGGGGACAGAUUCUGUGGAAUCACUCACAUUGAUUAUAAUGCUUGUGUAUUUGAUCUGCCUGCUGUGGCAAAGCGUAGCGUAGCCAUUCCUGAUCCUGUGGGUUUUGCCCGUUAGAGACGUACGCAGAUAGUAUAGUGAGUGUUUUAGCGUCUGAUGUCAACUUGCUUGAAGGCAAAGGGCGUUAGAGUUCGACUCGAAUGGAUCAGGAGUAGUCAAGUAUUUAUUCAGAUUAAUAAAAGAAGCAGUAGGAUAGUGUUUAUACCGGUUAGCUCAUAUCAAGGACAGGCUUUUAUUCAUAUCAGCUCGUACAGGGUCACUCGCGAGCAAAUUCCUAGAAGUAGAUCUCGAAUUCUCCACAUGGUUCAUGAAAGGCAGCGGCACUAAUCUGGAGUAGCCCUCAGGUCUGAGAGCUUAUUGUGUGUUUGUGUACGACCGCGUUCAUGUGUGUCUACACUCUUGGGUUGCCCUUGGUCUCCCACGGCAACAAUCAUCUUAAUGCUGAUGGUCGGGCUACAGGUCAUCUCCCCGGUGGCCGGGGCCCUGAACAGCUGGGCGUGUGAGCAGUAGAUCAUGUGUGCAAAUGUGUUUUUAGAGGGGAAAGGGAGGAGCGAGCCGACAUGUGAGCGUAAACUAUCAUACGCUGUAGAUUGGUGUGUUAGCCGGAGAAAAGGAGAGAUUUCACAUCGCCUUUGUCUUUUAAAAGCUAAUGUUUGUCUGGAUGUGUGUAUCCAACUGAAACCUCACAGAUGAGCUGAGGUAUGAUAUUACCCCCGGGAGAGGUCAAAGGUCAUCAUGGGAGCUCAGCACAGAUGACAAGAUCAUAUAGCGUAACAGCUGCUGUUCUCCUCAGAGGAGUAAGCAUGAAGCUUAUUUCUUACGCUCAUUGGGUUGUAGUCGACUGUGUGUGUGUGUGUGUGUGUGUGUGUGUGUGUGUGUGUGUGUGUGUGUAAGAAAGUGUGUUGGAGGAGAGAGAGUGUGUAUGUGGUGAACAUCUGUGUGUGCCUGUUUAAGUGUACACAUGGGGACUGUGUUAUUUUUAGUUCUUAGACCUCAUACAGCAUGUUUAAUACGCCUGUGAGUGUGUGCAGCGGACUUAUUUAAGUGCAUAUAUGGAGACUACAGUUUUUUUUGUUUUUGUUUUGAGACCUCGUGAUACAUGUGUAGGUUGUGUUUGAAUGUAUGUUUGUGUGUGUGUGUGUGUGCAUAAAAGGGUAAUGAACAUCUGUGUGUGUCUGUUAAAGUGUACACAUGGGGACUGUAGAACUGAUAGUUCUGAAACUCAUGAUGUAUGUGGGUGUGUGCAUGACAUCUGUUCAAGUGCACAUAUGGGGACGACACUUUUUUUCUGUUCUGAGACCUUGUGGUGCGAGUAUGUAAUGUCUUGGAAUUUAUGAACAGUGUGUGUGUGUGUGUGUGUGUGUGUGUGUGUGUGUGUGUGUUUGCACAGGCAGGAGAUAAACAUCUGUUUGUUCCUGUUUGAGCAUACAUAUGGGGACUACUGUCUCGGUCGUCUUGACCUUGUGGUGCAUGUUUGGUUUGUCUAAUGUGUUUGUGUGUCUUUGUGUGUGUUAAUGUAUGUGUGGUUGUCUUGUGGGGGCGGGUGCAAACAUUCAUGUGUAAUGUUUAAAGGGAUACUCCAGCGUAAAAUUAAAUCAGGGUCAAACACACUAUAACACCGAGUCAGACAGCCCAUCGAGAGAUGAAUGUUGCCGACCGCUUCCAUCUCUAUACCAACUUUAGUAACGACCAUAGGAUAGCAAUACAGAGAGCCACACGCUCAACCAAAACGCCACUCUAUAGCCACAAAUAAUGCUCAGAACAGCACCUAACGCCAUCAACAGAACAUAUAGGGUCCCAGCUAUAGUACUAGCCACCAAACAUCUUUUUAGCUUUGACUCAUUUCUUUAGCAAAGAGACUAAACACAACUCACCUACUCUCUUCCAGCAGCCGCCUGUUUGUAUGGAGACCUCCGGGCGAGUCCAUCGACUGCAGUGGGGUGCCGCAGCUCAAGGAAGAACAUUUAUGAUCAUUUCUUUAUUAUUUCCUUGAAGUAACAAUCACCAUAUUAAUCAUUUUGCACUGCAGACGUGGUAGUUCUUCUGCCUUUGCAUCUCGGUCUGAUUGUAUGUCUAUGAGGAGAUGUUCGUAAAUGUUCUUCCUUGAGCUGCGUCCCCCGCUGUGGUAAUGGACUGGCCCAGAGGUCUGCGUACAAACAAGCGGCUGCUGGAAGAGAGUAGGUGAGUUGUGUUCAGUAUCUUUGCUAAAGAAAUUAGGCAAAGUUAAAAAGAUGUUUGGUGGCUAGUACUAUAGCUGGGACCCUAUAUGUACUGUUGAUGAAGUUAGGUGCUGUUCUGAACAUUAUUUGUGGCUAUAGAGUGGCGUUUUGGUUGAGCGCAUGGCUCUCCGUAUUGCUAUCGUGCGGUUGUUACUAAAGUUGGUAUGACUAUAGAAGCAAGCGGUCGGCAACAUUCAUCUAUCGAGGGGGUGUCUAACUCGGUGUUACGGUGUGUUUGACCCUAAAUCAAUUUUACGCCGGAAUAUCCCUUUAAGUGUGCAUGAGGUGGCGAGUUUAGUUCCCGUACCUAAUGCUGCAUUUUUGGUUCCUCUGUCGACAUGUACGAGUGUGUUUGAUGAAAAGUGUGUAUAGUGAAUAAUUGCGUGUCCCUGUUUAAGUGUACAUGUCAGGGCUGCAUUCUCUAUUCGGGGACCAUGUGUCACGUAGUGCAUGUUUAGUUUGACUGUGAGUUAAUUGUUUUCUCUAAGCGUGUACUGUGUGUGUGUGUGUGUGUGUGUGUGUAACGUCUCUUUGAAUUGUGAGUCUGUAUUUCCGCAGAGCUGCUGUGAGAGUCACCCUGGCUUUAAACUUUGUCGGGGGAACCAAACUACUUCAGAACUUUUAUUUUCUUUUUAUUGAUUCAUAAUGGCUGACAUUUUGAAGAUACCAAAUUUUCUCCCUGCUGCAGUGGCAGCUGGAUAAAAAAAAAAAAAGAGUCCGCUGGGAGAGAUGGAGGCAAAGGUUGGAAGAGACGGAGCGAAAAUAAGUUCAGGGAAAAUAAUGUUGAAAUUGCCUGCAGAGAGAUUUAAAGGUGGAUUUAAGGAUAAUUCCUUCACACAUUUCCAUCUCGAGUCACAUUGUGUUUGCACACGGCUGCAGCCACACACAGACAAGCAAAAAGACACACCGGUGCUCAGAAAUAACCUCAAAACUAAAACAUCAGGCCAACAGAAAGCUAUUUUUUUCUGACCAGGAAAGGAAACUUUUUCACGGCUAAAGUUUGAACAUUGUGGUAAAACACUGCAGAUAAGUUAAUGUGUUUGCCCUGAAUAAUCAUGAAUUAGAUUAAAUGUAAAACUCCUGUAUAAUGACUCUAGGAGAGGACAGUAAUUAAGGGUAUUAUAUCGUGGUGUCUUGGUAACACCGUUUUUUGAUUACAGCUAUUUUUGAAACACCUGGGAAUCGAGAUAAAAACAUCAUCGUACACAUCUUUUUUACUUUCAAACAGUGUUGAGAUUGUUUGGAACAAGUUAUGACAGAAAGUAUCUGUUGUUUUGAAACAGUGACCUCUUCCAACUGGGGUAUACCUUGAAACCAAAGAUUCGAGUCGUGUUUAUUUUAGCACUAUGAUGCCACCACAGCUAGUGCUCAGCCACAGUAUGGAUAGUUGUUAACAGACGUUGGAAUAUGUAGCGACUGCUUUCCUUCCUCGGGGUUUACGUUCGCUUUAGUCCGGUAAUUGUAAGUUAGGGUUCAAAAAUAAAGAAAGGAAACUGAUCCAGGUCCAAAAAAGUGACAUGCUGAAAUGAGGUUAAAAGGUCUGCUGUUGGGUCAGUCUUCUCGCUUCCACCCGGGACGCAUCUUGUUCCCCCUAGAAAGUCGCAAAAUUGCAUCCAGCUUGAUAAGUCGUGAUCUCGCGUCAUAUAUUUGUGUCGUUCCCGGUGUGUAAGGACCUUAAGGAUAGAAAACACUGUUUUAUUGAUACUGGUAUUUUAUUAAGCCACCUUACUAAUCUGAGUCUCGAACAAUCCCAUUGUUGAUACUUUGGUGUAGAUGUAAUUUCAACAAAAGCGGUUCAACUUUCUACGAUGGUGUGUAAUGUACCUUUAGCAUUGGUGCACCACUGAAUGGGACUCAACUCAAGAUACAACAUUUACUCACUGGACCCAAACCCAAUGACAACCUCAUAUUCAUUGGGUUUUGACACCGGGACCAGGUUGACCCCUUAAAUCAUACUGCAAAAUAUCAUAUCUAUCUCACACUAAAUCUCACUGAAUUACAAAAUUACAGUACAUGAAUCCUCUGUUACAUUCAAAACUAACAACUCCAGGCUGUUUCUUGAGUAUAAAAUCGUCGGUGUAUUCUCAGAAGUCUCGUAAACCUGGCCUUGUUUCGCCUCUUAACACACAUGUGCUCUGGCUCAGUGAUAAUCACCCUCCUACACUCUUUCCAACCAUACGGGACUCGCUGAAACUUCUUCCUCCUUUUACCUCUGAGUCACAGGCAUUCAUGAAUAAACCAGCGAAUGCUCUUACUUGCAAUCUUUGGCGAGUGACCGCGGUGUAAAAUGGAUAAUCCACUCUGAGGUCUGCGUUAGAGGAUUAGUCAAAACACGCUUCACAUCAGGUGGUUCUUUACCUUCGCGUCAUGUGUUGAAACCCUUUUAAAACAAACACCUCCUUGUGGAUUAUCCCUCAUUUAAUCUUUAAAUCAAUACACAGAUAAGAGGAGGUAUCUUAUUCUCCUGUCCGUCUCCCUUUUCUAAACCAUCGUCCGCUGACACACGGAUCCGGUUUCCUUUCUCCGUGCCCUCAUAUCUGCUGACAUCGUAGGAGAAACCUAAUCAGAUCGUUAUAAUUAAAGAGGCCGGAGUGCUGGUGCAGAAGGUGGAGGAAGGAGGAGGCAGAGAGAGGAGGAGGAGAUAGCAGCAGAUGAGACGAGAGGUCGAGUCUGUCCACUGAAAGCCACUUAAAUCCCUUUCUUAUUAACUCUCAGUGACAUAUGAUCUACCUCCAUCCCCUCUAUGAAAGCACACGCACACACGCACGCACACACACUCUACCGGCUCCGCUUUCAACAUGAAACAGUCCCUGAAUCUCUGCUGCAUUUCUGCUGCAUCCCUCACCUCAGUGAAUCAGGGUAAUUUCAUUCAAAACAGGUAUUACAGUGACAUUUCCCGAUGCAAAUCAGGCCUCACCUCAAGCCGGAGAGGCCGCUGUAACUGAAUGUAAUUGACCAGCUUGGAAAAGUUGACAUUUCUUAGGGCAGUAAUGAAAAGUUCACCGCGCUCUACUUCACCAAAGUGUUUUUAAAGGACUGUAAAGAUGUUUUUGCAAAAGGGUAUAUCCGACAGAGUGUCCCAUUUGUUUGUACGCUAUCGCACCGUCUCCGUUUUCUUGAGUCUAACCGUACCUUUAGGGGGUCUUUGUUGUCUACAAAUUGCUUGAUUCACAAGAGUUGCUGAGGUAGACUCGACUUCGACCUCCUGUAUGUGCCGGGUCGUUAAAGAAAGGAAAGAGCACAUGCAGUUCAUGAAAACACAGCGCUCAGGCGGAGUGAGAAAGACAUUAAACAGCAACCGUGGCAGAAGCACAUUAAAGUGUCAUGUUAAAAAGGAUAGACUAUCCAGAUCCGUACAGUGUAGAGGGUUAAUACCAGAGGUGGGAGAAAGUCCAUAUGUUGCAAGUCCAAGUCGAGUUUCAGGUCUUUGCUGUUAAGUCCAAGGCAAGUCCAAGUCGUUUGCUCUCAAGUCCGAGGCAAGUCCAAGUCAACACAAACAAGUCCCAAGUCAAGUCCAAGUCCUGAACUUUUUGUUUCGAGUCCCAACCAAGUCCUUACCGUUUCUUUCAAGUCAAAAACAAGUCAUAUCAAGUCCAAGUCGUUUGCUCUCAAGUCCGAGUCAAGUCCAAGUCAACACAGACAAGUCCCAAGUCAAGUCCAAGUCCUGAACUUUUUGUUUCGAGUCCCAACCAAGUCCUAGGAAUUUUGCUUUGAGUCCCAACCAAGUCCUUACUGUUUCUGUCGUCAAAAACAAGUCAUAUCAAGUCCAAGUCAUUUGCUCUCAAGUCUCGAGUCAAGUCCAAGUCAACACAGACAAGUCCCAAGUCAAGUCCAAGUCCAUUAACUUUUUGUUUCGAGUCCCAACCAAGUCCUUACUGUUUCCUUCAAGUCAAAAACAAGUCAUAUCAAAGCCAUAAACCAUUUGUCAUAUGUAAAGAUUUACAUAAACCUUGAGCAUUUUUCACUAUUUGCAUUUAUCAUUAAACAAGGGUUCUUGUUUGUGUUAAGUUACUCCCGGCAUUGUCGUUAUGAGAGAGGCUAGAGUUUGAGACAGUGUUACCAAGUUUCGUGAGAGAAAUAAGGAAACAGACCUCCAGAAACAAGCCAAAAACAAGCAAUUUUUAAGCAGACUUGGCAACACAACACGGUGUUACCAACGGCCGUAAUUCCUGACUAUUAGUUGAUGCGACACUUUUUAAACAGUUUGGACUUGCUGUAAGGUAUUAAGUGACUUGAAAAGACUUAAUUUGACUUUUCAAGUCACUGGGCUCAAGUCAAGUCUCAAGUCUUUAGCAAUCAAGUCCCAAGUGAGUCCAAGUCAUUUCUUGAUUUCAUCAAGCAAGUCAUAAAGGGGACUCAAGUCAAAGUCAAGUCUCGAGUCGAGUCGUCAAGCCCCCACCUCUGGUUAAUACCUUCCUCUGGACUCGGAUUUCUCCAAACUUGUGAAUGUAAAGGGAACAGAGCGAACAUGUUUAAAAGAAACGUUUUAUUUAUUUACGAGAACCAGAGUUCAGCUGUGCUAAAACCCACAAAGACUUCCGCUAAAAGCCCAUAUGUAGUAGAAAAUGGUUUCGGUGUGCUAUUUGUAAAAGAAAAAGGACUCAGCUCUGCACUCAAAGCCAAGGUCUCGCUGGGUGAACGGGUUGAUACGCUGAAAUUAGUCGGGAAGUAUUUCGGGGGCUCGUACUAGGAGUGUUUUUGUGGAGGAAGGUCGUAUCGGGUUCAAGAGGACGUCACUUGUUUGGAAGUUCAUGUGUAGCUAAAAAGGACUGAACUCAUCUGGAGGUGAUUCAAUCGAACAACUACCUCUGCGAAAAAAUUGAGAUUUGGAGAAUAAAAGUUAAAAAAAUUCAGGUCCAGGCCUUGCAGCUAAAGAAACAGCUCCGUCUUCACAUUGUUAAAAAUUAUGUCUGCUAUUUCAUGAAUGUAAUGGCUUUUUAUUGAUCAGUCUUUUGGCUUCCACGGUGCUUUGUUUUCUCUUCUGACUCCUUUAUGAUAGAGUGAACUAAAGUUGACCCUCAGUGCAGAUAAAGGUUUGCUCAGAAACAAAAAUUCAUCCAGAUUCCCUAAAAAGCGUGUUACGGAUAAAUCGAAAGCGCAGGUUGCAGCGGUGGUCGGGUUAUCCGGACGCUCACUUAGUGACAUUGAAAAUAAUUAACUUGCAUCAGACCUACGCAGCUGUGUCCACAGCAGUCUGCUCAUCAAUUAACGGAGGAGCAUUAAUGUGUUGGUGCAUUAGCGUGUUGUACACAUUCCUACUGAGCUGAAUCGCUGAGGCGUCACAAUCCCAGCUGUUCCAGUCCAUUUGGAGUCGAAACAAUAAACGUCACUAUUGAUGUUUCUAUCGAGAUAUCUAACUAGUGAGAUCAGCUGGCUGAUCUUUUAAAACUGAUUGUUAUUAUGGAUUUUAGUUGAUUUAUUUUGCUCCAUUUUACAAGCAAAUGAAGUAAAAUAACAUCUUGUGUGAGCUUUAAGGGCCUGUGUCCACCAACACCUUAAUCUUAAAUUUCAGGGCCCUUUUUUUCAAGCUCAUUAAACUGCAGUUGUAGAUUGGAAAUUGUGUUAUGAUCAAUUUCUUGGACCUCUGUGAUUGUUGCUAAAGAAAGUUGACAUCAGACGCCACACCUUUUGUUAAUUCUGAUUGGUCUGUGAUAAAGAAACACACAAAAUUUGAACUAAUUUUAACCAAGUUUUCUGACGGCAAAUACAGCUGAUGCUAAGGGUGGGUUUUUUAGUGCUUGAAAUGCUGAGCUGUAUUAGUUUUGUGCAGAAAGUCAGCACUGCAAAUGCAAACAGAAAGUUGUAACUGGACACAGGCCCUUAAAAAGAGCCUGUGUCCAGUUACAACAUUCUGUUUGCAUUUGUGGUGCCAAUUUUCUGCACAAAACUAAAACAGCUGAUGCUAAGGGUGUUUUUUGUGUGCUUGAAAUGCUGAGAUGUAUUAGUUUUGUGCAGAAAGUCGGCACUGCAAAUGCAAACAGAAAGUUGAAAGUGGACACGGGCCCUAAAAGUCAUGUCUACUGUUUAUACAAAGUAACAUACUUUAAGACACUUAAAAAAAGCUCUAGUGAGGUCAGCUGGCUGGUCUUUUCAACUGUUUGUUAUUCUGGAUUUUGGUUGAUUCAUUUUGCUCGAUUACAUUUUUUUUUACACGCAAAUAUAACAAAAUUACAUCUUGUGUGAGCUUUAAGGGCCUGUGUCCACUGACAGCAUUCUUUGCACCUCAACCUCAAAUUUCAGGGCUCUUUUCACAAACUCAUUACGUUGCAGUUGUAGAUUGGAAAAUUGUUUCGUGAUCAGUUUCUUGGACCUCUGUGAUCUUUAGUUUUGUGAAUUCUGAUUGGUCUGUGAUGAAGAAACGUGCCAAAUUGCAAAAAUUUUAACUAUUUUUAACUAAGGUCAUGAUGGCAGUGACAAAAACAGCUGAUUCUAAGGGUGUUUUGUGCUUAAAAGGCUGAGCUGUUUUAGUUUUUUGCAGAAAAUUGGCGCAAACAGAAAAUUGUAAGUAAGCAUGAUGCACUUUUUAGGGCCUGUGUCCACUUACAACUUUCUAUUUGCAUUAGCAGUGCCAAUUUUCUGCACAAAACCAAUACAGCUCAGCAUUUCAAUCACACAAAAAACACCCAUAGUGUCAGCUGUAUUAGUUUUGUGCACUGCAUAUGCGAACCGAAAGUUGUAAGUGGACACAGGCCCUAAAAAGUGCAUCAUAUCCACUUUUUAUUGCAAAUUUCAACUUAACAACCACUCUUGCUGAGCACAUUUCCUUUUUCUAUCAAUAAGUUUCACAUGAAAGCGCAUUUAACUCUUUAAAACUGAAAAAUGAUCCACUUUCAGAGAGAAGAGUACAAAAUUACAUAUUUUAAGACGCUGAAAAAAGCUCUCUCUCCCUCUUUGUGCUGACAUACCCAUAGAUUUACACCAUAGAUUGGUCAGAACAGACCAUCAGCAGGUAAAAUUCUAGUUUAAAUUCAGUUCCAUAUACAUACGACUAAAGAAGCUGGAUGAUUACGCUCACAAAAGAGGCAAAAAGUAUUUUCAGUCCCUUGUGUGAGGAUUCGCCAGUUUUCUUUGUGUAUCAUCUAAAGGACUGAGGGGCUCUAGGUAAAAGAAAAGAAGCGGUAUCGAUCAGAGUGAAGGGAUGACAGACAAAUAAAGAACUGGAUCAAUAGUUUGUUGCCGUCCGAGCAAACUGAUUUCCAUUUUCCUUUGAUUUGAAAGGAUAUUACACAAAGCUAACCCAUUAUUACAGAUUCAGACAUGUUUUCGCUCCUCUUCCAACAGUCCUCUUUGUACAGUGGAUGAUUUAAUGAUCCCGUUCACAGGAGUGGGCGGCAGGAACACAGCCGCGGUCAGCAGCUCCCAGCUGAGGCCGUUCGUGCUCGAAACUGAUGCGCCCGUGCUCGCCCACCAUAACAUGGAUAAAAGCCUGCGUGGUGGUGUGAAAUACAGCUGCCUUUAGUAACAUGACUGUUGGCAUGUGUGCGGACGGUGUAAUCAAGGAUAGAGACAGCCGCCAUUGUCAUGCAAGUGAUAGGCCAAUGAGACAGUGUUGGACUUCUUCCCAGGUUCCGUUGCAGUUGUAGAGUUUUGGUAUCACGGGUCAAGUGACGGCAGAGGACUCUCCCUCUGAAGUACUGUAGGUUUUCACAUACGAACGACCCUCAUUACUGACGGGGCUUAAUGUGCAGCGCCAUCUGUCUGGGGUUUGAGCCAAGAGAGUAUAAAAUAGUGUGAAUGUGAGUGUUACAGCUGUGGAAGGUAAUGAAGGUAUCAUUCACUGUAUUAUUACGGAGUGAAAAAAGCCAAGCUUCGCCGCCUCCUUUCGCUAAUGGAUCCCUCCAUUAUUCACUGGAUAAAUCCUCCCCACGGUGUCCGUCUCUUUUCCUCUUUUGUCCGCCUUUUUUCUCCCUGUCCUUCAGCUCCUCAUUUCUGCCUCCUUUCAUCCUUUCCACCCGUGACCCUUCCUCAUGUUUCCGCCUCUUGCCGCCUAAUUUCCACCGCCAUUCUCCUUCCACCUCAUCUUCAUUUUCGCUGUCUCAUUACACCUCUAAACGCCCCGGUUCUACUUUUUUUUUUUCCCCCCUCCACCUUUUUACUCACGCACUCUUCAUCUCCCCUCUUCUCCGUUCUGUUCACAGCUCCAGUGAAGCAGACAGAGAUGUCGCAGAAGAAGAUUUUCCUCAUCUGCGUUGCCAUCAGUACCGUCAGCCUCCUGCUGCACCAUGGGGGCCACUUAAGCUGGUGAGUGACUGAAACACACCUUGCGCAGAUGAUCUCUCUAUAAGUCCAUAUGCUGUUUAUUCCUGUAUGCGAUGAGGAGACUGUGCGUGCUGAAGCUUUGCUAUGUUACUCAAGGGACCAAUUAGAAAAGUAGAGGAAUCUUACAAAGAGAUUAUGCUUCAUCGUCAGGUUUUUGUUCAGCUCUACAACACUUCCCAACUCAACUUCUAAAUUUGCUGAAAAACUUUUUGCAAAUUCAUGUCUCUACUUUAUAUCAGUUGGAAAUUAUCACCCCAGUCUCUUUUUUUUUUUUACCUUUUCUUCAUAACUGUACCUCUGCAGCGAGGCUACAUGCUGUAAAACUGCAGGGUGUUCAAUAUGCACCGUGGACUAUGUCGGAUUGGACCUUUCUGGAAUUUAUAAUAAGUGUCUUUGCUCAGAUAAAACUGGUUCAUGAAUAUUUAUGGUCACUUGUCGACACCCAUACUGCUUUUUAUGGAAAAUCUGCAUUUUGGAAAAGGAUUGAUGCCCAACUCGAGCUCGCUUUUACUUUUUCUAUGUAACGUGCAUCAUCAGGCUUAAUCAGUUUGGUUUAUAAUAUAUAUUUGGAAAACAUUUUAAAGCACCUGUAAGCGGUUUUUAAGAGAUCUUCAAACUGAUGCCUCUGUUUGAAAUUUGCUGGACUCCAUGACGAGGAUUGUGAUCAGGUUGUCCCUAGCGUUGCUUCUGCGAUUGAGAACAAUGGUGCGUUCGAGUUACCGCGGAAGUCAGAUGUCGGAGCUGAAAAUGACGUCACACCAGAGUUACCAGCAUUUCAGUUACCAAGCCAGAAGAAAGAAAAACGGAGGCCUGAAACAAGAUGGCUACAUCUACGAAAGUUAUUUUAGUGCUUGCUCUAUAUUCGGACAAGGAAAGUGCUAGCCAUCUUGUUUCCGCCUCCGUGAUUUCAUUUUCAGCUUGGACCUCUGACUUCCGAGGUAACUCUAACGUGGCACAAGUCAAAGCCAUUAUGGGACUUCGACCAAUCAGAAUCAAGUAUUUUACAAAUAGUAUUCUGGCUAGGUAAAAAUGUUGAUCAUUGACCAAAGAAUUCAAUAUAAACAAUUAUGAUACCUUUUUUAUCGUGCAAUCUCGGUGUCCUCCAUUCCUCAGCAGUUUUAUCUUUUUCCAUCAUGUGCUCUGACGAUUCUCAUUUAGGUUCCGCCUUGCCACUGUCUUUGAGAAAAUGAUCAUAAUGUCAACAUUUUAGUUGAGGUUUGGUGCUUUUUUUAAGAGUUACUAGGUCUCAAAACGGAUUUCAACCAUGCCUUUCUUUCCCUCUCUAGGACAAUGGAGGCCUUCCACCUCAGCUGUCCAGGCCUCCGUUCCUUCCCUCUACGGGGCCUGAAACCGAAGCACACCAGCGUGGCCUUCCUCAAGACCCACAAAACAGCCAGCUCCACCAUGCAGAACCUGCUCUUCCGCUUUGCUGAGCGCAACAACGUCACGGUGGCGUUGCCCAUGCAGGCCUGCAGCCACCAGUUCUGCUACCCGCACUCUUUCACCUCUCACUUUGUCCAUCCGCACACGAUACCACCCAACAUCAUCACCAACCACAUGCGCUUCAACAAGGCCGAGCUGCAGCGUCUAAUGCCCAAUGAUACGAUAUACAUCACGAUCCUGAGGGAGCCAGGGUCCAUGUUUGAGUCUUUGUUCAGCUACUAUAACCAGUACUGUCAAAGCUUCAAGAGAGUCCCCAAUGGUUCCCUGGAGGCUUUCUUAGAGGAUCCCUGGCACUACUAUCGACCGGAUGAGAAAGACUCAAUGUAUGCACGCAACACGGUCACCUUUGACUUGGGCGGAGAUAAGGAUAGGCCGGCAACAGAUGUUGCUUACGCCCAGAACUUUCUGGGGGAGGUAGAGCGAACUUUCUCACUGGUGAUGAUAGCCGAGUACUUUGACGAAUCUCUGGUCCUCCUUCGCCAUCUCCUGUCUUGGGAUCUGGAUGACAUUUUAUAUGUAAAGCUUAACAUGAGGACAACCAGCUCAAAGCGAAGCCUGACACCGAACCUUUCUGCAAAGAUCCGUGCCUGGAAUUCCAUAGAUGCACGACUCUAUGACCAUUUCAAUGCCUCACUGUGGCGCCAGUUGUCCGAUCUAGGUCCUGCCUGUGUGGCAAGAGAGGUGCGACUCCUUCGGCAAGCCCAAGAGAGGUUAAUGAGGAGCUGCUUCGGUCAGCGGAUGCCCCUUUUACGCUCUGCCACACAGAUCAAGAACAAAGAUCUCCGCCCCUGGAAGCCUAGUGGAAAAGUUGACAUCGUGGGUUAUGACCUUCCAACAAAUCUCAGCCGUGGUUUUUCAACCCAGGCCCAGGAGCUCUGCCUCAAGCUAGUCAUGCCAGAGGUUCAGUACACAAGAGUUCUCCUACGCUCUCAACUUCUGCACUAUCGACGAAGCUACCAGCUCCGGUCACCCCAGCAGCCACGUUCCCCUCAGCAGCCUAUUCGCACAGUCCUACUGCGGCAUCCUCAAGGGCAGCGCAACCAACCACCCCCAGCAGCUCAAGGCCCUGCUUCAGGAACAGGGUCUACCUCAACUACAAAGCCAGCGAAGGGGGCUCAAGACCCAACCACAAAGCAAGGGCCCAAAUCCUCACAGACGGAGGCCUCAUAGACUUAAAAAAACAGAGACUUGAACAUAAUCUGAGUGCCCGAUAGACUGCAGUGUUUACCCAUCCUGCCCCCUUGAGACAAAGAUGCUUGGUUAGGUGGGGGCAUUAGCAAACAAGGGUGUCUUUGGGAAAUCAAUGUCCCCCCCUGUCCCUUCAAGUCAGUUUGUGAUAAAAAAAAAUACAUGAGGAGAAAGAAGGGAAAGAGGGUUGGUAAUGUCGGGACUUGAACUUGAAUCCCUCCCCUCUGUGGUCUGUGAAACAGUAUCAGAGUUGGCAGACACAAGAGCCGGAGAAAUCUACACUAGGACACGGCUCAAUUGCACUCCUCUGCAAACGGAUUGGAGAGGGUUUUAGGUGAAAGUGGUCCUUUGAAGCAAAUCUGUAUGUGCGACAGGGACUCAAUAGGGAAGUGGCGAUAUCAGGCCUAUUGUGAGGCACAGAGUGGGCUUUGUGUGUAUCACACUGGUAAAGUAUCGUGUUACUUGCUUUCAUUCUCUGUUUCUCGGGCCCUCUUUCCUUCUCUCUCCCUAACAUAUGCCAUUAAAAGUCCUUGAGAGAGGCAUAAUGACAUAAAGGGAUCGGCUGUCAGGCUUCCAAAGAGCCUCCUAAGAGGCCGGACAGACACUGAGAUCACCUUCAAGCAUUAAUACAACUGCACAAUCAACAACUCUUCUUCUCUUACGGGCCUAAAGCAAAGCUGGGAGGGGGGGUUAAAAGCAAAGAAAGACACCUCAUCCCGGGGGUUAGCAGAAAGACAGCUAGAUACUCAAUUCGGCCCCUCAUCACUGCUGAGACUGACACAGUCGUAAAGCCAGUGUCCACUCUGCAGAGCUCCCUACAUCCUCUGAUCCCUCAUGCUGCCCUCUGGUCACGCUCUCGACAACAUUCCACCUUCUUUACACCCCCCUCUCUCUCGACUCAGAUCCUAUCCAUAGAUCGUACAGUGAUGACAAGGUUUCUGGAUGUGAAGUUUUAUUGCAAUACGAUCCCCGGGCCUUCAUUCUAUAUGAAAGGCGUGGAUUUAGUAACCCCACCAGCAACCCCACACCGCGUACACUGGCACAAACAAAAACGUAAAGCAACUCGACAGGACAAAGACUCGAAGCCUGUGGGUCGCAGUGUUUGAAUAUUUAAUCCUCUCCUCUCAUAGCGCUCCUAUGGCCAGUGCUCUUGGGUUACAUGGCGGUACAUUUUCAUAAAGAAUGCAAGGACCGGACAAAUAACUGCUCUUUCCUGAUCGGGAAUCGCAGGUGAACGGAGCGAGAUCAUCGGCGUACGAGGCGAGCCGGUGAGCCGUCUGGUUUGUCUGAGAGCUGAAAAUGUCAUCUCUUAUCUCAGCUGUGAUCCAUUUUUAAAGCAUUCUGCUCAUAUAAUGUGUCAUUAAUGUUAUUUUAUUCCUCCAGUGAUCAGCAGGGUACUGCUUAGUGACAGAAAGGCGGAGGAGGGACGCUUGUGUGUAUUUUGUGAGCGUGCGCGUGUGUGUGGGACAGUGAGUAUGUGGGCCAGGAAUGUUGUAUUUUUUCAUGGCCAGCCAAGUUGGCAUGGCAACAAAAGGAUGUAAUGUGUGUGAGGUUUAUGAAAACUAUGUGUUAUUUAUUAUCAGGACCCAAAGAGUCCAAUUACUGUAUUUUAAACUGUUUUAUUUUUCAUGAACCACUGGAUAAAAACGCUACUACUAUCAAAGUGAGUGGACAUUUACGUGGUCAGUGAACCGUGAAUGGUCAAGGCAUGUGGAGACGAUAUAAAUGAUUCAUCUAUAAAUGUUUUACAUAAUGCGAAACGACAAAAAACCACUUCUGAAUAACCGCACAUUGAAACAAGUGUAGUCGCUUUAAAAUUCAUCCUGCAUUGAGCGGCGCUUGAGUGCUCGACCGCAUAAUGCUUUUCGUGGUUGGGAGUCCGUCACACUGUUGGGUACAAUAAAGAGAAAUACACAAAGGAAACACAGACACGUGUCAAAGAAGGAUGUACUGUUUAAUGUGGUUUAGGAAUAUUUAAAUUCAAAGUGUGCUUAUCUGAACUUACUGGGAAACAUCAAGAUUCGCAGCCAUUGUUAUUUAUUCACAGGUGACGGAAUUGUGUUUUUAAAUCAUGAUAUAAACUGUAUCUUUGACACACAGCCGGAAAUGUUUAUGUUAAAGUUGUUUUCUUUUUUUUUUUUUCUGUACCAAGAAAUCCUGCGCAAAAAGACCAAUCACACAACGUGUCGUUCAGUCGGCUGACUACUUCAACCUUUCUGUCGACCGCGUCGUCAAUCAGGGGAUGAAGUGAAGCGAGUAAUUACUUAGUUGUUUCAACAAAAACUGCUAAAUUCCUGCACGCUAUCUAACUUGCAAAAAUUACCUUUCAGUCGGUCGACUCAGGUUGUAUUGAUGAAAACUGGUGCUGGUGCUGCUUUGAACAACAGCAGGUUAUGUAAAGAUUUGACUCGACUCGUUGUUUUUGGUCUUCAAACAGGAUUUUUUGGUUAAAAAGAAGAAUAAGGAGCGUCCACAUCCUUAUCCUUCAGGGAGGUCCUUUUUUAAAUUAAGCUGCUGCUUUGACAAUGCUUCAACCUGCUGAACGAUGACACUGAAUUUAUGUUUUGUCUGUCAUUUGUUUUAUAUAUAUAUGUUCAAUUUAAAGCUCCUGUGAGGAACUUUGUUUCAGUUUUGGCAUCUCGACACGCUUAAAAAGUGACAUUGACAAAAAGAAACAAUUUUCAUGUUUGACAAUUGAAAGUGAAAUUAACCUUUUACUAGGGGUGUCCCAAUACAACUGUUUUCCGAUACCAUACCGAUAUUUUACCCUUCAGUACUGGCCGAUACCGAUGUUGAGCAGAUAUUAACACAAACUUGUGCACAACAAGAUUUGCACUCAGCAGAAACGUCUUUUUCGGACUUUGACGAAAAAUACUGCCACACGGCCACAUCUUAGCCUACUUUGUGAGGAACUUAGUACAUAUUGUUGUCGUAAACACGUGUGCUUCCGAUGCUAAAUCUGGAUGCUGCGAGAUGGAAGUGCUGGAGUGGAGUCUGGAAUGGACUGCUUGAAUCGGAAUGCUGAUCUUGGAAAUUUUAGAUGCAGGCUGAUAUAAUCUGAUAAUUGUUUUUUUUGCUCAUAUUGGACCGAUAUUAAUAUAUUAUAUAAAUAUUGGACUGAUAACCAAUAUCAAUAGCAGAUUGGGACACCCCUUCCAUUUAUUGUGAAAAAGCGUUAAAAAACAGCUCCCUCCUCCCACGGGUUUCAGGCAUUAAAAAUCAGGAUAUAAAAACGUCAGUCUUGACGUUGAUGAUCUCGUUUGCUGUCGGUUGUCAUUAAAAAGGCAUUAAUAUGAAUUUCUGUUUGUCAAAAAAAAACUCCUCACAGGGGCUUUAAAGUAAAAAGUAUGACAAUAAAUCGCAGAAUCACGAACACGUAAGGUCAAUAUGUGAAACCAUUGUAUUGUCAGAUAAUCCAAUUGAUGUUCCAAGACUUGGCGGGUCAUUUCUGAUUUGUUAUAACCUUUCAUUCUCCAAAGCCGGCAGGUAUUAUAUAAACCAAACCUCCUCUAGUGAAGGUAUCUGUGUAAAGUGCUCUGAUUGGAAUAAUCUGACAAAACAAGCUUUAGAGCGGGGACUUUUUAUUACAAUUGACCUGAAUGAGGAACAAUCUGAGUGGAUGUAAUAUUUUUGAUCAGAACGAGACGAGCUUUCCAGUUUCGAGGAUUAUGUGACAAUUUCAUGGUUGUGCUCCCGAUGAUUAUGACUAUAAAAGCAUCGUUUGUAGAGCAGAAACGGUACAUGCUAUCUGAAUAAUGUCAGAGAAGGAAUUUGAAUUACUUCACCCUGAGAAGGAGGAAGAUUCUGCUUUAUUUAUUCCUGUUUUUAGUGGCUGUGAGUCUCUCCAAGUGCUCUUUUUGAUCGUGAAAGUUGUCCACCUAACUAACUCUUCUGCUUCUUGUGAAUGACAUUGUUCAAGACGCUGGAGAAACGGUCGAAUCAACAUCUUUACAUCCUUCUCCUCUGUGUUAUUUUAAAAGGAAUGAGAGUGAGUUUGUGUUUGUUUGAAUGAACUCCUCAAAACGGAAACAUCGUCGGGUGAAAGUGGGAUAUUUCUUCUUUAACUUCUUCUCUUACGGUAUUUUCCUCUUUAAUCUGCUCAUGAUUUUCAUCCUCUGUUAUCUGUGAACUCAGAAGAGGGAGAGGCUUUUUUGAUUUCAUCUGGGUGACUGACUCGAGGAGUACUGGGUGGGUGAUGGGGGCUCUGAGGAGACGCCUAAUGACAAUCAGAGCUAGGAGCCCCAAAGCUUUGUAACGAAGGACUGUGAACGUGACGAAUAAAGUUUGACUGAAUUCAAAUCAGCUGCUGGUGCACAUGUUCUUGUCUCUGCCGUUUCCUUCUUUUAAUGCAGAUUUAUUCAUGUAUGCGCUGACUUGGAUUAUUCUGAAUAUUAACAUGAUGAACACACACUCACUCACUCACUCACUCACCCACACACACUCAAUCAGCGCCAAUAUGAAACACGCCGCGACACUCGGGGUCAAUUAAGAUUCUGAUCCUAAACGGUUUCUAUUCCCCUGAAGACCCUGACCAGAGAUCCGAGCUCGCAAUCAGUCCUGUGAAAUUACCUCCGUCCAGCUCACCGGCCUAAGCGAACGAACAAAUUGCUUCUCUGGAAACACAAAAACAAAAUGCAAAGUUGUGUUUGUUUGAUACAGAUGUGACUGGAGCGAUCACAAAGCUCAGCAUUAACCAUUUUUCUGUAAGAAUAACUCAGAAAAGCUCAAUUAAAAAAAAAACACUUCCACUUUCCUUUUUUUUUUUACCCUUUUUAGUUUGUGCAGACUUAAUGUUUGCAUCUAAAAUAUCUGGCAGUAAAAUGAAAAACAUGCAACAAUUGAAGAAAAUCAAAUGUUAAAUAUGGAAAACUUUCUGGAAGUUGUUAGUUGUCAAAAGCAUUUGACAGAGCAGAAAUAUAGAAGAUAUACCUGGUUCAAGUAUCGUCUAUGUGCGGGAAAAACUUAUCGAGAUAAUAGACAAAGUGACACAAACUGUUGUUCAAAAUCCAUCUUUUCUGAGGAUACUUACCCCCAAUUUCCACCACAUCCGAAAAGGCCGUAAUCGCCGAUCGCAGCUGAUCGUAACCAUUCAAGUUAUUGCGUAGAUUUCCACCGGCUUCUUUCCGUUUUGCUGCCGAUCGCCGGACUUUGCAGCUGAUCACAAGAGUUCUUUUUUUUCCGGAGCAUGCCGGAUAAAUUCAGCACAGAUUAACCCGUGCUGGAAAGGAAGUUGGGUACAGACACAAAUUAAAACAUCCGGCUUCAUUUCAAAAUAAAACACUACAUGUUUCAGGCAGAUCGUAUUUCACACCAUGCAAACAGGUGAAAGGUUUAUUGACACCAUUUCAUCCUAUGACACCAUGGAAAUGCUGAUUCUUGAAGUCUAGAAGUAGAUUUCCUGUAGAGACAACUUGUUAUCGUGCCAUUGCAAGUAAAUCCACGGGUUCUUGUGAGUUCUUGCGAUUCCCGCUGUCCAUAAUCUACCACGAAAUUUCGCCUCACAAACUGAUCCAAUAGGAAUUGGCAGACAGGCCGGCUGGUGGAUUUUGGUGGCCCUAAGCAAGAUUUUGUUUGGUGGCCCCCCAAAACACUCCCUGUGCAACCCCCAAAC